ACAUCCAGAGUGGAACACGGCGAGGGAAGGGACGGUGUGAUAAGAAGAGGCUGGAAUCAGAGGGAAGGCUGGUGGGAACAACAGCGGGGACUUAGGCACAUUAAGCGGAUAAGAGGAGAGAGGAUAGAGGACUGACCGGCCCUGCAGAAGGAGAAGUAACACGCCGAGCUAAUUUCCAUCGUUUUCUAUUCUUGGCAGCGAGAGUGAGCCACAUUUAUAAAGAGAGCUAGCGGAAUGUAAUGCUAGCACGCUAGCUAAUGUUAGCUAGCUAAUUAGCUUGUCAGGCAUCCAGGAGUCGGACGUGUGAUCUUUAUUAAAAAUAGGUCAGUGUUUGGCGUUGGUGUACUUUUUUAUUUCAUGGGAAAACUGUGUAAGUGUGCCUUGUUGGUUCUGGCACGAUGAUAAUGUUCUGCUUUGAAUAACCAACGCAAAGUAAGACAAAAAACAGUAGAAAGCUGCCGUUAUUGAUGAAAAUUAGCUGAAAAUUCGCCGUUGACGCUGUUCUGGAAAAAAGCAAACCUACUGUGAAUAUUGGAUAACCUCAAGGAAAAAGGAACAGACUUUUGACUGGAGACUGGCUGCCGUCCAAUGUUAAUGUCGACCGACGUUGCAUCUAUAAUGCUACCCGUUAGUCGGGGUAUAAUGGACCGGGAAAGAGACAUUGACGCAGCCGCCGGACCCCUCGCGAACGCGGCCGGGGGUCCAGCAGCUGUCCGGGGGAUGAAGCGAGGAGACCCGGAGCCGGACGCUCAGACAGCCGCUGCUCUGACUGACUUGGCCGGGGCGGAGUGCAAAAGACCGAGGAUAGACGGGACCGGGGGUGUUGUUGGUGACAUUGGACAGGUAAGAAAAACAUUAGAAAAGGUAAAGAAAGCACUUCUACAUCAUCUGUUUCUAUUUGUUUCCAUCUUCAGCUUCAGUGUAGGGAAGCCUCCUUUGCCCUCCCCCUUUCUUCUCCAGUGAAAGCUUUUGUUCCCAAGCAUCAGCAAAGGAUGAUGGUGAUAAGGUUUUAAUGGCUGUAUUUUUUUUCUCAUCAAUUACAUAUCCAUGCAUCAUUGCAGCAAUCAAGACAAAUUUUUUAAUCUGAAAAGAAAUAUAUAACUGAAAACAGAGUGUGAUGAUGGUUUAUUACUGUAGCCGAGCUCCUUGAGCAGCUCAGUGAGGCAGCAUGACCAAACCAGACAAAGGUAAUAUGAUACAGGCUCCAUAGCUAUGACAGGCAGCAGCACAGCAAAGAUCAGACCCAUUCAUCAAGUCUACCACUGCUCCCUCACAUGUUGCAAUCCACUCAGUGUUUUAUAUUUCAUUUCUCACUCCUGUGAAAUCACACCGAUCAUUGAUGGUAAUGUGAAGUGAGUCAUCACAUCAAAUCCUGAUACACACCGCAUGUGCCAUUAAUCGCUCUGUGUGUGUUUGUGUGCCCCCCCCUCCUCCUCCUCCUCUUGAUUGUCGCUAGGUGUUAAAAGAGAGAGGCAGACAGGGAUUGGGGGAGGGGUCACCCCCAGUGAAAGACAAAGAACAGAGCCUUUUGGUGUAGGUUGAAGGAGCGAGGAGGCUCAAGGGGGGCUCUCCUCCUGAACACGGGUCUCCCCUGCCUUCAUGACUCGACUGCUGAGGCAGCAGAGCAUCAGCAGCCUUUCGUGCCUCUGAAGGACUAAUCUUGGUAUAUUACUGUAAACCAAAGAGGGGGAAGGGGGGGUGCUGAGGCCGCCGAGCCCUGGGGUGCGCUGCUCCUCUUGCUCUCCCUGGAUCUAUUACUAUUUAUUUCUCUCUCUCUCUCACUGCACACUAUUCUUACACCUACACACACACUCUUUGAAGUGUCCAUAAUCCAGCAGCACAAGGGAACGUAUUUAGCUGACGUGUGGUUUUUGAGUGCAGGAAAACAGCUCUAACUGUAGUUGAAGGGCAGGCGGACUUGGUUUGAGGUCAUCUGCAGGUAAUUGAAUCCCAGGGAACUGGUCAAACACUUUAAUUGGCUGCAAGGCCGACCAGCCACAAUGACAAAGAGGUCUCAUGUAAAGCCGAGCCAUACACUGCAUGGAUGCUGAUGAUUGGGAGAGGUUACAGACCCGCAAGGCAAAGAUGAUGUGACGAUGAGCAGCAUGGUGUGAGGAGGUUCUCAAUGGCCAUCAGUUGUAUUGAUUGCUGGGCAUGGAGGUGAUGAAGGAGGGAGAGAGGAAAGCAAACAUGGAUUAAGGAGGAUGAAGAAAGAAAGAGGAGUGGACAGAGGUUGGAUGCAGAGAAAUAUCUGGAGUUCCUCUGCGGAUGAUGAAAAAAAUGGGCAAUUUGCUCAAUAAUGCAGUAAUAACAAAGCAUUAGGCAAAUCAACACACAUUAAAGUGUGCACAUUAGCCAUAAUGCACAGUCCCUGAGGCCUCUUAUACAUAAUAACUCGGCAACAGUUCCUGUUCAAACUUCUUCCAUCAGUACGUAUUUGUGCUUGCGUGUUGCAACUCAAAUCAGCGUAAUAUUGAUGCCCGAGUUGAUUUCACAUUGUAUUGAUAUUGAAACUCUGCAGCAGACACAGAUUGUACACGCACAGCAGUAGAACCACAUGCAUGCAAACAGCCAGACAUGCACAAACACCAAGUGCUGUGCUACAGAGCAGAAAAACUCUUAACGCUCCCCAAUUUGCCUCCUCUGCUACCCCUGAGGGAGGACCGGAGGUAUAACGGCUGUGCCCCACCAUUACACCAUUGUACAUUACACACUGGUGUCUUUCUUGAAUUCAAAACAAGUCUAGAAAGACAAGUGCUUUUUUUUUUUCUCUCCCAAGAAAACGUGAAGCACAUCUUUUCUCUUCUUUGCUUGUGUUGCUUUCCUAUAAAGCAUCCAGCCUUGACCGCUUCUUCUCCUCUCUGCAGCUCGACUGGCAUUCAACUCCUGUCUUAUCACUGCCCAGCUGUUCCAUUGUAAUUAUCCAUCCUUGUGCCGUCUGUAGUCUUUGUUAAUGCGUUAAGUUAAAGCUGUGGCUAGAGUUCAAAAUAAGUGUCCUGGUUAAUUUUUCCAUUUUCAGUUGCUACAGUUGGUAGAUUCCAGAUUGUUUGGUUAUAUAUAUAAGGCACACUCUUUACGCCUUUGUCCGCAGUGUGUAACAAACAAAUUUUCAAUAAUGGGUUGAAGUUGUUCGACCACAGAUCUUCUCUUGGAGGUAGUAACAAUGAUGGCAUAAGGGUUAUGAGGUGGUGAUGUCAUAUCUGUCGCAGUACAUUCACAUGUGCAGUUAAGUCAGGCUACCAUCAUAGCUCGGUUAGGGGGUUUAACUGGACUGUUUACAUGCACUGGGUGAGAAUUUAAUCAUGAGGAAUUGCCCUACAGCUUGUUACCAUCAGGUUGUCUCCCAGUCGACAUGCUGUGUAUUGAAAAAGCUGGCAAAAACGUGUUGCAAGAGGCUAAUAGGAUGUCACUUUAACAGCUCUGUGCUGUUACUACCCAGCUUCCUAGCUCCACAUCCAUGCUAUUCAACUUCUCUCUUAAAGCCCGACAUGCCAACACUGGAACAUGCUCAGAACACUUAGUCCAGAUUCAGCUUGAUUGAGCCGUUCAUAUGCAGUGACAAUCUCCAUCCACAUUAUUCAGGUAUGAUAGUCUGAUUUUAAAUAUUUUAAUUUCAGUCAGACUAAUAUGUUUACAUGCAUUUUAAAUGUCCACUCUUAGUCGAACCAUUGUAAUAAAUCAAUAUAUUGAAGUGUAUGUAAAUGUACCGUUAGUGUUUGUAUGUGGAGCUCCUGCUCUGAGAUAACAGCCCAUCCCCAAGAACAGUUAAAAGACCAUUUACUGUUGGCCAAUGACAACAACAAAAGUGCAUAGAUAAGUGCUAUAGAUACAAAAUGUCCACAAUAACCUUUUUCGAUGAAUAUCAUAGCUUUUUCUUGACUGCACAUGUCUAGGAAGAAGGGAAGGAAAUAUGGUUUCUGCGCAUCUCCACUUGAUUUUUGUAAUUCAUAACCCAUGUGUCUCAAGGUCUGCAUCUGACAGGUCAAACAUUCAUGUGUGGCGUGUGAACGCCUGGUGCAUGCAAAUGAUGGAAGUGUGAUUUAUCGUGCUGCCCCAGAUUAGAUGGACGCAUUAUUUGCAGGAGGGAGAGGACACUCGGAGGCCUGAAUGGAUGGAUGCAGGGAGACAUAAAGGAUGGAGGCAAGGAGAGAGCGGACGGAGAGGGAAUCAAAGCCAUUAGUUAGCAUCCAUCAGGGAUGGCGAUAAAGGAUGAGAAGGAAGUGAUGGAUGGUAUGAUCAGCUGGGGGAAGAGAUAAGUAAGGGUGGAAGCUCUGAAUGAAGAAGAGGAGUUGAAUUACAGCCUAUUUAAGGGGCAGAAACAAAAGAAAACAACUCUUCUGACCAGUGUGUGCAAGUAAGUCAUGUGAGGUUUGGAUUCAUUUGAAAAUUUGGCCCAUUUUCUCAUUUAUAGAUAGAAUAGCUGAAGAGAGACGAGGUAGGAGCUGCAACAAUGAGAAAUUAGAAGCAAAUUUAGAGAUGAGGACAAAGUAAAACAAGGGUAAUGUCCCCUUCAGGCCCAGAGUGCUCCUGCAGUCAUGACUGGUUGUGCAGUUUUUGUGGCUUUAAUUUCGUUUUUUUUUUCAUGUCAGCAGCACAUUUCUUUUUUUAUGCCAGACAUUCAACAUUAGUGCUACUCUCCUGAUGCUAGAGGAAAUGGUCUUGUUGAAGAAAAGACCAAAUGAUUUCGUGCCCUAAAUUGUAAAAUUAAAACAUCCAACCACAUUAUUACUUUUCAAGAGAUGCCAACCAUCUACCAUUGGAGAUGGACAUAUUUUCUCACUCAGGAUGGUUGAGUAGUGGCAGAACACAUUGGGAUGAAAGAGUGGGAGAUGAUACGGAGCAAAUAGUUGAAGGUCAGAGCUGCUUUGUGGGCUGUAGCCACUGUACGUAAGAUUGAUGUUCAAACCACUUACUUAAACAGGUCCCCGCAAGUCCCCAUUACAUUGAUAGUCCUUCAUAGGGCUGUAGCCCGGCUUUACCUUUACCAAGACUCUGUGCUUUUACUUUUGUAUUUUAUUAGUGUUAAAGUGUGAUAUUUUGUGCAGUGUCGUGACGUUGCAGAAGCUUGCAAGAAACAACAUUGAAAACAAUUGCAUAAUCAACUCUGAUCUUCAGCCAGGGCCUACAAUCAGCCUAGCCCUUAUACUCAGAUGUCAUGACAUUGCAACUGCUUCUACCAUAUGCUUGUGGUUCCUGCUGAAUAUGCAGAUUAACCUGCAAACAGAAAUACUUCCAUAGAUACCUGCUGCACAUUUAAAACGCUGUAUUUGGAAUAUUGCCUUACAGGGCUUUCACUUUCUUCAUAAAAUCAAGUUCACAUAGAUGUUGCACAUGACAUGCUUAUGUUCGACUAUAUUCAACCCACUGUUCGGCACUGAUACCUAACAUUUAUUUCAUCACACUUUACAGUUUUUUAAAACAACAUAAACAAAAUACAAGUCCAGAAAGACUUGAAAUGAAAACACCUUCUUGUAUAGAAAAUGUCAGAUUAGACCACUGGAUAGAUUUUUAAUAACUUAAAUUGAAACUGUGACAAUAUUGGCAUCAGCGGUCCAUAACCCAUUGUUUUUAAACAAAACACAAGUGUACAACUUGGUCAGAAUCGAUUGCAGCCCCCCUUCCUUUAAAACCAAAAGAAGUUGCACAUUUCACUGUGGUGCAUCCUCUGCUGCUGUGUAAGUGAGCCCACAUACUGUUGCAAUUGAAGAGUUCAUCACUGUAUAAAUUUACCGAGGUCAAGGGUGACAUUCAACAGUCAGGUUACUCAACUUCUUCUGGACCAAACAGCUCAUUGUACUUAAAUACUAUAAAUUGAAAUUGAACAACAUAUGAAGGUUUGAUUAAGUUUUCCCCUUUUUAGAUGUUUAAAACAAAAAACCCAUACUUGAAUUUUGGAUAAAAACAAAGUGACAGCCCUAUUUCCUGAACUAGAAUGUAGACUAUUCUUGGGAGUAUGGUGUGCAAUAUAACAUAGUGAUUAAACAAACAAGCUUUAAAUCAUGACUGUGUAUGGAUAUCCAUACAGCACAGACUCUCAGCACACACACAUACAUACACAGUCAAAUUACAGGCCUUGUGAUGGGUGGAUGAGUUCACUUGGUCCUGCUAUCACUAAAUGCACCCGUCCAUUAGCACAGUAUUCCCACUGCUAGAAGACUGCUGACCUUCCAUACUGACUGUAAAUCAGGACUGUAAUAAUACAUGAGAGUGCAGCCUCAUCUCUCUUUUGUUGCUCCUGCCCCCCCCUCCACUUCUUUUAUACAAACUGCAGACCCCUCCCCCUUCCAACCCCCCUCCUGCCCCCUCUCUCCCCUCUAGCUGUCCUCUGAUUUCUCCCCCCCUCGAGCAUAUUUCCAGAUUGCUAAUUGACUCCUGCUUCACAGGCUGUUUCAGAGUGCCAGCGAGGUGAACCCCCCCUCCCUCUCACUCCCCGCUCUUCCCGUCUCCCCCCCCUCCCUGCUAUCUUUGAUUAUCGCUCCCCUGUCCUUUCGAUCCAUCUCCCAUCACUCCAAUCCUUACAGAAUCCUUUUUUCCCCCGCACCUCCUCUCCUGUAUUCCUCUCAUGUUUUCUCCUCCUCUCUGUCAUUUUUCCUCCCUCCUUCAUCUCUUUUUUUGUCUUUGCCUCCGCUCUCUGCUGGCUGUAUUGAUGUUUACCCUUGAGGCAGAGCCGCGGUCCGCUGGGAUGCAGCGCGGCCACACACUUUCUAACUCUCUUCUUCCCGCUCGGUCGGCCGGUCGGUCUGUCUGUUUGGGAGAGCCGAUUUGUCCUAUCGUUGGCAGUAAAGAGGCUUUGUGUCGCGCUAACGAGAUCAAAGCUCAUUUAGAAGAGGGCAUUAACCAGACUGAUCGCUUUAACAGGCCAGAGCAGAGGGAGGGGGUCUGCCCGGGGAGGGAGGAUAUGAAUGGACAGAUCAUAGAGAUUGAUUUUUUUAUGAUGAAAAGUUGGAUUGUAAACUAUUCCCUUACCGCUGUGCUCAUUUAUCUGAGGUUUGCUUGUUGGUCUAGCAUAAGUUGGUAAAUCAGGAGGACUUAUUAUCCCCUGUGUGAGAUAGAUCUGUACAAAACUUGAGUUUGCCACAUAUUUCAGUUAUCUAAGUAAGACUUGAAAAUGUACAGUUUAUGAAUGUUCCGAAUGAUGCACACAGGCAAAACUGAGACUGUACGUGUUGCAUUGAACACCCCUGUGUUAGUUUCCCCCUCAUGUUACUAAGAGGAUUAAAAUGUGUUGAUAUACAAAUAUUUAGUAUUUAUCUAACAAGACUUGAGAAAGGGUCAUAUUGCCUACUUCUAAAUAAAUAUUGAGCUUAAAUUGAUCAACCUUUUAACCAGUGAACAGGCCUCUGCCCAGUGAUGUGAAUUUGCAAUGUAACACCUAGAAACAGGCCCUUAAAACUAACAGCAAGUGCAGCUGAGACGGGCUUCAAAAUUAAGUUCAGAGCAAAAAAUGCCAUGAGUGGAAACAGGCCCUAAAUCUCAGUCUGCAACUGCAGCUUGAAAGGUUACAUUUCAUUCUUAGAUUAGACACAUUUGAUUAUGUUAAUGGUUGUGUGUUUUCAGUCUUAAAGUUUUUAUGAAUUUAAUCAAGAUCAGACUGAUUACACAUCAACUUUUGAUGGUAUUUUUUAUUGGUGGGGUAAAUUGUAUCCAAGAUUAAAAAAGUCUUAUAUCUUAGAUGUAACAAUCCAGCUCUCCUUAAUAUUUCACUUUAACAUAAAUUAAGAAUAAUUAAAUCUAUUUAAGGAUGCAGCUUAAUUUUUUUUACCAUCAUGUGAACUGUGGAUUAUUUUGUUUAGAAUCUGUAUAUUGAUUUGGAUGAAAAAUGUCUGAAAUGUGAAAAUAUUUAUCAAUGUUCCAAUGAAAAAUAACACCCUCAAAAGAUAAAAAGAAUAAUAGAUUUUCAGAAAAGGUGAAGAAACAUAAAUCAGUGACGUUUACCUCAUUAUUUGUAACAUGCAAAUCAAUCAAUCAUCAUUGCAGCUUGAAAUGAAAGCUGUGUAAAAUUAAAUUUUGCGAUGUAAAUGUUAGGAUUAUUUGAAAGAGGACAGAAAAAGCAACCAUCUUAAAGUUGACAAAAUAAAGCAGUAAAUUGUUGAUUUUGUAAGUUUCCUCCAUGAAGAAAUAACUUUAUUUGGUUACUCAGACAAAAAGUUUAGGUACAGCUUUAAAGAAACACAUAAAGCCAAAUUUAUUAAUUAUGUUUCAGAGUGUUUCCUGUCAGAGCUAUAGAUUUGCCCUUUGCCUGCAGGAUAAGGAGAAAAGUGUCUGCACUUCGAGCUGCAGAAACAGCUUGUGGUUGUUCAGUAACCUUCAUGUACAGACAGAGCCUCAGUGUGUGCAUGUAUAUAUAUGUGUGUGUUUAUAUGUUAGAGUGUGUGGGUCAGAUUGUGUGUUCAGACUCAUCACAGAGGGUCGUAUGUACAUGCUGCUCUCUCGCUGCUGUUUAAUGAUUGCUCUGUUAAACUUUGAGCCGAGCACAGUGCUGCACUCACUCUUGACUUUUGAACUGGCAAUGAUAAGCUUGAAAUUCCCCAGACAAAGUUGCUCAACUCAUAUUUUCCCAGCACCCCCCUGGUCUCCCUCUUUCACUCUGUUUCUGUGUUUGUGUUCGCUCAAUUGAAUUCGCCGUGCUUUAUUGGCACAAGUACGACCGCCGUAUUGCCAAAGCAGAGAGGCGUAAUCAGAUUGAAGGCUACAUUCAUAAAAAGCAGGAAAUUGAAUACAGACCUCUCUCUCUCUCUUUUCAUCCUCUCUCCUGCUCUAGUUGAGUAUACUGGUUUCAGCUCCUUAACAUGACACUCGCAUGUUAGCUCUCCCCUUUAUGGUCAUCAUGGCACCACUCCCCAGCCUCCCCGCCCCCACUCGCCUCCUCCCCAAGGCUGCCCCCAAACUGUCACAUGUGCUCCUGUCUCCAGCCACAGACGCAGUGAAAUGUCAAUCCAGUAUUUCCCUUACAUGGGGUCAAAUGAGAUACGCUGCCACUGUAUCAUCACAGCUGUAAUAGAGCCAUGAAUAAUGAGAAUUAAGCUGUUUAACACGCUCUAAUCCAUGACCAUUUGUGUUACGGUUGAUCCUCUUCUUUGCUAGAGCUGUUUUUAUAUCAGUACAAGUCUUAGAAAUUCCUCAGAUCUAGCCGUCAGCUGCAGAAAAGUUUACUUAAAGGAAGCUAGCAAAUGCAUCAAAACAAUACUGUAUUAAAUCUCCAUCUUAAACUAACUUAUUUCUUCUUUCGCCAAGCAGGAGCCACUCACUGCAGAUCUUGAGCAUUAUUUGAAAAUUGCGACAUAUGUAAUCUGUGGUUUCCUUUGGUACGUGAUGUUCUGUAUGCUUGCGGAUUGUUGUUGGUUUUUGGUGUUUAAAUAUAUCAGUGCCAUUGAGAAGGCAGCUGAGCAUGUGCAGCUCUGGAGUCCAAGACGGACAUCCCCUAAAGGAUUAUCGAGCAUUUUGUGUCAUAUUACAUUGUAUCGUGCUGCUCCACACUGUGCUGUAUCAUGUCCUAUCAUGUAAUGCCACAUGGUCUUAAACCUUCUGGUAUUAAAUCCAAGUGUAAAGCCUGGUUUUAAAGUAUGUAACCAAUGCAGAAGUGCUAAUCACUGCAGUUCCCUGAGUGCCCACUGGAGGCCGGUUGGAGGAGCAUGAAAAAUUGCAUGAGCAUAAAUUCAAAAAACACAAUUUUAAGAGCAAAAAGAAGCAUAUUUUGAGUCAGGUUUUUUGCAUUUGUUAGGCAUUCUUUUAGAAGUUAUGAAGGUAAAGAGAUUGGUGAACCAGAGGGGAAUCAUAUUGCAUUGUUUCCCGUGCGCCACUACUGAAAUUUCACAUGAUCAUUAAUAUAAAUGCACCACUAAUGAUUUCUACUCGCACAAGUACCGCAAGUAACAUAACGUAACAUAUUGUAAUGUGACGGAACGUAAUGUAACAUAAUGUAACAGCGUAGCUAUAUAAAGGGCAAGAGGGUGGGGGUACCUCGUGUGCAGCUACUGAAAUUUCACAUGAUCAAUGCGCCACUAAUUAUUUCUACUCGCACUGUGUGAGCACAACAACACAUGACUUUAUUUUCGGCUUAUUUUGAGUCAUCAGCGAGCGCAUCAAAUCUUGUCUGACCCUCUUCCGUUACUGUAAAGGGUAACGUUUACGCUUAUACACGGUCUAUAUAGCAAGUAGCGCAGGUAACAUGACGUAUCAUAUCAUAAUGUGACGGAACGGAACAUAAUGUAACAGCGUAGCUACUUAAACAGCAAUAGGCCCAACAUAGCAGUGCUGCUGCUAUGGUUUAGUAUUGUGAUUUUUCGUGUUGUACAAUGUCUCUCUGUAUUUUAUCGUAUUGUGUCAUAAUGUAUUGUGUUGCACUGCAUUAUUUGGUAUGGUAUCAGAUUAAAUUGUAUUCAAAUAGUAUCAUAGUUGUUGUUUUCAGCCUCGUUAUAUGGCUUAUGUGUGUCUUUAAAGAACACACUGACCAAUCACAUCUAUCUCAUUCGACUUCAUUGACAGAGCGGAGAUGAUUGGUUUCCCAUGUUUCAGAUCUUGUGAAUUUUGUGAGGCCAGUAAAAGUAACUGACUGUUGUCUUUAUGAGUUCAUAUCUUGGAUCCCAGUCAAAGCUUCUCCGUCACUUAGAGGCAGGACUAUUCCUGAGUGUUGUGUGUAUUCAUCAAGAAGUUUCUCGACUUUGGGUAAUGACAUGUUGGGGAAACAGUUGGCUUUUGACUUCAUUUGGCAAUAUGAUUGAAACCGUAAUAAAGCCAAACAUCGGCUCAGUCCACCUCAGGCUGUUCUGUUAGGGAUCACUGGAUGCUGGCUGCAGCCCCCUCCUCCCCUCCCCCUUAAUUACCCUCCUCCCUGUGUCCCCCUCCUCUCUCACCAUCUGUUGACCUCAUGUCAUUUUUGCCUUCCUCCACCACUGCUGCUCCUUUUUCUUUCCCUAGCUCCUACCCCUCAGCUCCACCAACUUCUUUCCCUUCUCCUAAAAUAGCAAGUAGGAGAGAGAGAAAAUAAACAAGAGAGACGCCCUUUACUUUUCAGAGAGGGACGCAGGGAGAGAGCGAGUGUGUUAAUGUGUGUGUGACUGCCUUUUUCUGUGCUAUUGCUGAUCCCCGCCAGUGCUGUCUGAAGCCCUCACAGUCAGCCAGCCGGCGCCUUCAAAGGCUCACAAACUGUAUGGAUUUAAGUUAAUGGAAAGUUGCAAAAGUGCAGUUACGAAAGCCUGCCUUUCAAUCUGGACAGCCUUAGUGUAGCAAGCACUUUUCAUUUCUUUAUUGAAACCGUAGCAGGAAUAAAUGUGUGCGCUUUUUGUAUACUUCUCAAGGCACGCAAGCAGGUCAUGUAUUUAAAAGCAAAGCCACAUGGCAAAGGGAGUGUGUGUGCUUUGGUUUGAGCGCGAAUAAACAAGAGCCUCUGAAAACUAGGUAUCAAGUUCAGAGCCCGUUCCCCUCCCCCACCCCUUAAGAAAAUAUAAAUCACAUGGCAUUCUUUGCUUAUUACUCAUUGUCUCCGUUACGCAGACGAUUCGCUGCUUUUUAUUUCUGGUCCCCAUCCUGGCUUUGGCCCUUUUCCCCACAUUCCUCCUCCUCCUCCCGUGUCUGUCCGUCUCUGCCCUCCUUCUUUUCUUUCUCCUCUCCUAUUCUCCCCCUUCAUCCUCCCUCCCUCCCUACUCUCUUGCAGACAGAUUGAUUCCAGAUGUUGCUAAAUUCUUCCCUCGCUCCCUCCUCCCGUUCUUCCACGUAAUCUCCUCCUCCUCCUCUUUCUCCUUCUUUUUUUCCCCCCCUUUUCUUCUUUCCACUCUGUCCACUGCAACUCUGGCUCUAUAAUUUGAUGGUCAGGCACAAUUUUGGUGUAGAUUUCACUCACAUUCCAGUUUUUCAAGCAUUUUUUGCUGCAAGAGCACUGCCUCCAUCUUUCCCUUGCCUUCGAAUGUGAAAAAGAGCACAUGCACUCAAGACUCAAAUCACAUUUCAUCGUGUUUAUAUUGAAUUAACACGGCUGAAUGAUCAAACACAAUACCAAGCUUGUGUUUUAUAACCAGAUUGUGUGUUCAGUUUUGUUAAAAAUGCAGCACAGUGUUCUAACUCCCAGCAUGCAUCUCUCUGUGUAUUUGAAAUAGAGAUUUCUCAUUUCGCUUGACAUUGCCCAAGGCUUUGUAGACUCGAGAUCCUGCUCUGAACUGCCUUCUUCUUCUUCUGCCUCUCCAUCCGAGCCGCGCUGGCGAGCAAAAGCAACUUGAAACACAGUCACUGUUUUGCUGGAUACAAGCCUGACCGUUUCCCUGUAAGCGCGGCACACCAAGGAGAGCGUUCCCCCUGGGGACGAGGCACGAGGGGGAAAUUGGUUCCAGAUGAAACAGGAAGUGGAGAGUGGAGACAAAGAAAGGGCUGUUUCAGACAGAGGGAAAAGGGAGGACGGGCCUCGAGUCUGGACACCAACUCUCACAUGGCGUCGGAGUUUACCGCCCAUAGCAUCAAAAGGAAUAUGUCUCUCCCUUAUUCUUACCUUUUUUCCCCGACAUCUGGGCCCUUUUUUUUCAAACUUGACUCUCCAUUUCGCCCUUUGCCUUCCACGUCUAGACACGAAUUCCCUCUCUUCAUUCAUCCACACAUCAUAAGCACAUCUGCUUUUUGUGUUAGCCAACCCAUCUCUGUGUCCAACUCCUACAAAUAUUUGAAAUGCACUGGCAGACUCUUCUGGAUCAGCUUUAGUGAGCGCAUGUUUUGAAAGUCAUGACUUCAAGGGAUGAAAAUUACAAUAGAAAUUUAAACAAAUAGCAGUCUGGUCAAACACAAGUCAAAAAGCAGGAACAACCCUUUGAGGAGGGUAAGACGAAUGGACACAUUACUCUUCCAGAAGUCAAUCAAAACAAGACCUGCCUCCUCCAUGUAAACAGAUGGAGCAUGGGUCAGACUCUAAAAUGAUCAUACAUGUUACGUAGAUCUUUCUUCAACAUGGUUUCUUUCAUUUUAAGUAGUUUCUGCAUUGCUCAAUUUUUUCUGUUAGGUUUUUUCGGAGAGGUUUGGUUUAACUAGAAAUGGGCUGGCUGGUUGUAUGUAAAACAGUCGGGUUUUGGACAACUUGACCGCUUGUACCUUCUGCGUAUACUGGCUUUAUACUCUACUUUUGGAACAUGUAAGAUACAUGCUAACCCGCAGGCUUGUUUUGUGCCAAAAGUGGAACAUUUAAAAGGCGUGCAAGAAAUAAAAACCCCUUGUCUUCAUUUUUAAGGUGUUUUUUAUAAUCAUGCUAACAUACUUAAUGUGGACCCACUGGCCUAAGAUGAUUCCACCCAGCCAGGGGCCUCAAGUGGUGCACCAAGUCUCCUUGAGAAGUCUUAGAUUGAGAGAGUAAUACACAACAACACCCAUCACACAAACACAGAAGUUUGAAACUUUUUAUGCAACAUUUCCUCACCUUUGGAAACAAAGCUGGUAGACUGGUGGAAAGUUAUUCCAAAGAGAGCUUUUAAACUGGCAAAGCUCAUGCACCAGACUCUCUGCACACCACCAUACGAUGCCUUCUGAGCUGUUUUAUUUCUGCCUCUGGACUGACUGUGACCCAGCUGCACUCUCAAAUGACCCUUGACCAUGUUGGUGUGUUUAUUUAUCUCUCAUUUGGAACAAGUUGGCAGAAAACUAGAACCUGGGAGUCUAAGAUAUUUUACUGUUCAGUUGUGUUGUUGCUGCAAAUCUCCACCUGGUAGUUUGAGCCUUAAAUUUACAUGACUAUAUGUCUGGAAUGAUUUCUAUAAAAAUGCUUAAAAUUUGCAUCAUAUGGGGGAGCGCACACAUGUUAUUGCUCGACUUCUAAUUUACAGACUCUGACUCUAAAACCACAAUAUUCAGAACUAGAUUCAUGCCAUUGCCAUGAGGGGUGUUUUGGCUUCACUUUUGUGCGGUAGUUGAAGGCAGAGAAACAUCAUCCUUCACAUAGAGUCCAUGGAUUUGAUGAAAAGUGUCAUUCUUCAGUCACAGUGACCCUCCACCUCACACUCUGGUCCUUGAUUGGCUGGAUUAAGGCUUUCAGGAAGUGGUUUCCUCAGAGUUUAGGAGAAGGUUAAGGCCAGGAGGUUAACCCUGUUGACUCUCAUCUCCAGAAAUGUGCCCUCCUUGUAGCUGUGGCAUCACUCAGCCCACACUCAAGCUGUUUGCUGAAUGGAUGAGUGCACCCGGGCCGAGGGGGCAGCACACAGAUUUAAACAUUUUGUCUGCAGCCUGCUCUGGGAGAUUAAAUGUAAUGAAAACAUCAGCAGUCCUCAGCACCAACACACCAUCCCCCAUCAGCCAGCACAUAUACACAUACAUCUUUCUUUUACCCCCUCAGACCCCCUUCUCUGCCUCCUUCCUCUCCCUCCUCGCGCCUCGGCAUGAGUCCCUCUAUGUAGUCAUGUUUUCUCUGCGAGGCAUGCCGGCAGGCUCGGCUGUGCCAGUGUCAUCUCUCACUGCUGUCAUAAUAUCAUCUUUUGCUUUACUUUCCCCCAUUGUUCCUCUCCCCCUCCUCCUUCCCGUCCUCCGCUUUGACUUUCUGUCUCUUCGUUUUUGCCUCCUCCUCCUCCUCCUCACCUAACAAUUGCGGCUCUUGCCGGGGCAAAAAAAAAAAAGAGCAGAAAAGAAAAUCAUGAGGAGAAGAGAGGGGAAGAGGGACAGAAAUAAUCUAAUUAAAAGUAAUUAUGGAGCAAUUAACCACAACACUGGUUUCUGGGGCAGGGUCGGGAGGAACGGGGGCUUUGACUCUGCUGGUGGAUUCUGAUUGGUCGGUUCGGCUGAUUAUGAAAACUCUGCGUUGAUGCUUCACUAGGCAUUCUCACAGACUUUUAACUUGUGUCCUUUCUUUAAGGGAAGUGUUCUGUCCCAUGUUUUAGCUUUGGUCCAUCACUGAGCAUUGACUAAUUAUUUUGGGCAUAAAAAAGUCCAGUUACUUGACUGUAUAAUCACAACCAUUUCAUCAUUUAUUGAUGUGAUUCCUCCAGAUUUAACUGAAACACCAGAUUUUCUGAGUUAAGCGAGGGCCCUUGAACCGUACAAAACGAUAUAUUUCAAAUGAAGUGCGUCAAAAGCUGCACAGUUAAUAAGAAUAAGGAGAAUUGAAGGACAGCCACAGGCUAAAUUGAGUUAUUUCUUUUCAUGUGUGCUUAUGUGUGAGCACCUGUUAUGACUUUGAAACGGUGAGCCGUUAGUUUUCAGCAGGCUGCCUAUACUUAAUUAGUCGUUUACUGGAUGUAUGGCUAGCGACGUUACACUAACGGCUGUUAUUUAGUAGAACAACAGAUUUAUCAGGCUAUAUGAAGUGUUGGUUCCUGAAUGUUGAAUGUCUUUGAGUUCCAAAACUCUGGUAGAUAUAUCCACUUUUACUCAAACAGUCAUUUAAAACUGCAUAAAAAGGACAUAGUCACUUUCUGCUCGUAGCGUCAAACUCAACAGUUUAGUUUCUAUGGUUACAGAUAGAUGGCAGUUGCGGAAUCACUGUCUAUCAGUGAAAUUAAAUUCAACCCUCCAGUUUAUUGAAAUCAAUAUUGCAUUUCAAAGGCAAAGAAAUGAGUCACAUUAAGAAUAUUUGUAAGAAAAGAUCGUCAUUUAAAAAAAUGCCUUGAAAUAAGAAGUGGAGUGUUCCUGAGUAAACUGGCGAGGGGGUGUUUCUGCGUCUCAUCUCUAUCUCAAAAUACUGAAAUAAAUCCAGUCAUUUCAACAUAUUCUUGUAUUUUUUCCUCCCUGCUUGGCUGAAAAAAAAAACAAGCACAGUGGUAUAUUUUUUUCCCUGAGAGUGCAUUUCACCCAUAAUGUAAAAGUUUUGGACUAAAAAGCUGCCUCCACUCAUAUUCAAAAAGCCACUCACACGCUGCUCUCCUCUCUCCUGUUGUCUCCUGCAGAACAAUGAGCCGUUAAACCCUGGUUUCCAUGGAUACCCACCUCACAGUCAGGUAAGACACUAUGACUGCCUGCAAAGCCUUUGAAGGAACACACCGAAAGAAUAAAUAGUGCAGAUCCUUGACUCCAGGGGUACAUCGGGAAUCUCAGACACCAGCCCGAUCAGUUUUUGAGUGACCAGGAGCCAAAUGCUUAGAAUUUUGUUUCCUUUUGUAACAAGUACAGGGGGAAAUCAAUUCUUGGUUAACAACAACUUCAUCAAAGAUAUCUUUAUGUCUUACUGUCAAAAAAUCUCAAAGAAAAACUAGUCUGAUGCAUACAGCAUGACUCUAUUCUGCACGUGAAUACAAUUCUCCCACUAAAACACACAUUUGAAAUUUAAAAAAAUCAACUCACACGGAGAGAUUGAGUGGACCGACAAGGUCAGGUAGGUUGGUUUGAAUCUGGCCGUGGUUGAAGAGGGUACUUGUCAGCAGAUAUUCUCAUCUGAAUGAAAAGCUUCUGUGAGGAGGCUUUAUCUGCUCAUGAAAGAGUGAGAUACUGCUGUCUCUAUAUGAUCUACAAAGCAAACUAGACCAUCAGGAAAAACACUACUUUCAAUAUAGCAGUGAUAACAGUUUUUCAGGUUGUAGUCCACAUUGAAUUACUGUUUGGUUUAUAUCACAGCAAACCACACUGGAACAAAUGGUGAGAGAAUGAAUGGGAUCAGAGCCGAGUCUUUUUUUAAUGGAGAAGUGGAGAUAGUAAUAGUAAUAUAAAACACAUCCUAUUGUUGGCAGUGAAUAUUUGAUCAUCAGUUGGGGUUGUCUGUCUUCAUAGAAAAUUAUAGCAUUCUCGCAUUUGGGAACUGACUCUUUCCUCUGGGUGAACCACACCUCGUUGUCUCCCUCCUCCUAAAUGACAGUGUCAGCUCUGCUGCGCUAAGACAUUAUUAUGGAGACAAUUAUGGAGUUGUGUUAAUUUUUCCUCUGCUGCAGCCUGUGGUGGCAUUUAAAUGAUGGUGUGAAAAGAAGAACCAGAGCUGUUUGAGCUCUUCUUUCAAAGGCUUGACCCUUCAGAAAAGAAAUCAUCAUCUUUAAGCUAAGCUCUGCUUAUUCAGCGCGCAGCACUGUCACUAGGAUCCUCUCACACUUUCUCUCUCUUUAUGCCUCUCGCUGUCUCUUUCUCAUUCUGAGUGUCUCUCCAUGCAUAUUGCUCACAGUAAUGAGUACCUUAUGUGUGCGGCAAGGCGGCAGGGUAGCUGACUUUUUUUCUUAUCUACCUCCUGGCAGAUUGAGCAGCUCAAACCACCUUUGUGUGUGCGUGUGUGUGUUUGAGAGAGAGGUAUCUCUGAGUGUGUGCGGCUUUUUCUCUGUCAGAGUGCAUGUGUGUCUUGUGCGGCUUGUGUUCGGGAUGUGCAGCUCUCUGGCAGUGCCACAGGAGGGGAGUAUUGGUCUGUGAGCCUGCCCCCCCCCCUCCCCUGCCCCAGCCUCCCUCCAAUAUCACAUCAUGGAUGAUUUUCACAGGCCUCAUCUCUGUUGAGUUAUUCUCUUCUUUCUCCUUCGUCACUCGUCUUGACUCUAAAAUCUGGCGCUACUUUGAGGUUCUCCUUUCUUGAAACAAUCUCUCUGCUCUGAGAGAAGAGAGGAAAUCCUGAUGUUGUUUAGCUUUCUAGUUAAUUUAAUAUGAUUUUGGUUUCCUCUCUAUUCAGUCCAGGAUUCAGUUAUCUCUGACCCAACAACAUCAAAUCAAAUGUGUGCGUGAGGAUGAGGCAGAGAAGUGGAGCAGAGGUGAAACAGAAAUGGAAGCGAGUUAUUUAAAAUGGCUUGCCUGCAGGGCUCCGAAUCAUACAAUAGUCAGCCACACAAAGAGCACGCUCAUAUUCCAGUCUUGGCCCAGCUCGCCUGCCUGUAAGACAAACACCUGGGCAAAGAACUACAUCUGUACUCCCUGAACUGCACCACUGCUGCAUUUGUUGAAUACAUGAUUUAAAACCCGUCCCUGCUAAUGUACACCGCCUUUGGGCAUGCAAACUAUGAGUCUCCUGCACACCAGCAGCAAGUUAUCAUGCAAAUGGAGCUAGCCGAGCCUUAAUAGCAAAGCACAGUCUGGCUUAUUCACUGCUGCAGCGCGUUUGUCUUGAUAAUGCUCCUGUCUGGUGUUAUGUAUGCAUGUGUGAACUGCCUGCAGGUCCUGCUUAUGUCAAUAGGAGUGUGUUAAACGGUGACAGGCGCCUGUGGGUGCCCGUGGCUGCUAUCUGUCGGUGGUAAACAUGUGUGGACUACGUGUGUGCGCGGCUGUUCUGACCUCCGGGGGCUGCACAUGUCAGUCUCGGUCUGUUUAGGUCACAGAAACGAUCAGGGUUAACAACACUCACACGUAAACACACACACAAGCUAGUGGCUCUCAUUAAGCAGUAUUGUAUUUAAUGUCAGUAUAGGUUAAAGCCCCAAGAUGUGAGGGGAUGUUAUGACGAUACACUGAAGACUCCGAGUGUACACCUAGGUUGAUGUAUUUCCUGUUUGGAAAAGGCGCUUUGUUUGUUUUCUGAUCAUUUAUAGUUUAAGGAUUUUUAUCAGAGAGGUUUCCACAAGUGCCAGCUUUUUGCCUAACAGCUGAAUACUCACUGAACUAUGCCCAGCCACUCUUUCUUUAGUCCAUGUCAUUAAAACAUUUCAAAUGACAAAAUUGUAACUCAAUAAUCCCCUGCAAUUUGCAGACACUUGCUACUGCUUUAUAACUGUAGGAGUUCUGCCCGGCAUGCUCUGUCUGUGUGAUAAGACAGCAGUAAUCCUUUUUGAAAUCAUUACUUUGGCAGAAAGUGUUGAAGACAAGAACAGAAAUGACAGUUAACUGCAUUUAGCUGCAAAUGCUGAAAAUCACUGGUGACUGCAGUGUGACACCUCCACAGUGGGUUAUACGUGUGAACGUUUUCUCACCACACCAUACUCUGACCUUUAUGAGCUUCAUGAUAGUAGAAUCCCUCUGCAGGGGUCUAAAUGAUAAUAGGCGGUUAUUCCUACAGACUUAAGUCCGUCUUCUAUGUAUGUUGCAGAUCACUGUUGUGACAUUUGUACCUUAGCACCACAAAAACUUUCAGAGCCAGGUGAAGUUUAUUUUUAAAAACAACCUCAGCUGACAGAAGUGCUUUACAGGAGUGCAAUGUAAUCAUACAUACACUGACUAAUAAUAAAAACUGUAAUGGAAUAAAAACAAACACAAUAUUAAGAAACAAAUAUGUGAAAAUAGAAUAGAAAAAAUUUUUAAAAAAAUGAAUAUCUGAAGGGUCUCAAAAAAGUAUGUCAAGAAUCAGUUCUGUGGAUUAAAGGCCUUUAAAAAGUAUUAAAAGUUUUUAACACCAUCCUACGAGGCAUUAGAUUUUUUUUUGCGAGUUGAUAAUUUGACAAGAAUUAGUAAUCCAAGGAUAUAUAAAUAAUGUGUUUGUGUUGCAUUUGUUUGAGUUAGUCAGUGUUUGUCCAGCUGUCACAGAUCUGUGCUGAGUUCAUCUAAAAAACAUUAAAGUUAAAAGCGUGCCCACUGCUCCACCAGUUGACUGCCAUCAUCUCAGAAACUCUACACCUGAAAAGCUCAGUGAGGAAAUCUGAAAUCAUGGACAAGUGGCUCGAUGACUCUGAGUUUAAACAGUGGCUGAAGAGUGAGUUGUUCUUGGUUGGCUAUGCCCAAUGUGGGGAUGAAGUGUUCUUCAGGUUUCGGGGUACCUGCAGCAUCUGUCUGCAGUCUGCGUAUCUGAAAUUCACGGGACAGGCUGACACAUGUAUGUGGAGGACACUGAGCACUGAUGUGUGCAUGUACAGUCACUUAAGCCACCAUGUGCCUCUGUUUACCGAGCAGGACAUCUGCUACCCAGCAGUUUUCUGUUUUUUGCUACCAAGAGGUAAACAUGUCCGUGUAGUUGGUGGCCCGACGGACACAGCAUUUCCUAAAGACUUGAUAUCUUUGUUCUUUUCUUAUUUCGAUAGACAACACAGUGUGUACUACACUAAUGAGUGCAGCGGGGGAUAGUCUGCCCAGCUGGCUACUCACUGUCUGAGUAUUCAGUUUGUUUGUGGAAAACCCUGAUAUUUGGUGGAAAAGCUGAUGACAGACAAGAAAUAUUAGGAAAGGCGUUAACAUCCAACACAGGAGUCAAACCAGGGGCUGCAUCAAAGCUUCAGCAUCUCAAUACUUUUAUUUUAAGGUACUCUUAAUGGAUCAGAGAGUUAUUAAAUCGAUUUGAAGCGGCUUAAAGAAUGAUGAAAAAUAAAAAGUGAUAAAUGUUUUAGAGGCAGAAGCUCCUGUGUUGUAAUGCUGGCUGUUACGUUUCUCUCUUUACCCCUCUGUUACCUGCUGAAGAAACUACUUCUGACAAGUGUGUGACGAUUGGAUAAAAGAGAAAUCACCAACUAGUUUACUGAUUGCUGAUGUGGAUCUUAGAUGGAUAAAAAGGUCAAUAUGAUGGUCAAAUAUCCUUGUCAGCCAACCAAGUAUUCAUAAGUUAGUGGAUCCUAAAGUGGGUAUCAUGAGACAUCUCCUUAUUUUCUUUCUUUUUAAACUUGGACAUUUUGUCCUUUUGCAAAAAUUAAAGACAAAAAUAUAUUCAUAACCCAUAAAGUCCUCCCAGCUGGCUACACCAGUCACCAGUAGCUGAAGUCAUCCUCACUGGUGCACUGUUGCUUCCCUUUCACAUGAAUAAUUGCAGUUCUCCUCAAAACGAGCAGAUUUUUUUAUAUCGAAAAGCCAAAUCCAAGUUAUUGAUCACCUGUCUUUGCUGUGAUGAAGGAAAACAAAGUUUUGAAUUUGCUGAUGAGUAUUUGAUAGAUUUAUCCCCAAAGUUUGAGGCCUGAAAACAAUGACGGCACAUCUCUGUGUUUGUGUGCGACUGACCGCGUGUGUGUUUAUCGCUGUGUUCAGUCUGUGCGCUUAAUCCUCAGAUCAUCCCCUAUUCAUCCUCUCAUCCUCCUCACUUACAGCUCUAAUCCUGUCAUCCCUCGCUCGUUUUUUCACCCAGCCCUUUUAUCCAUUUAUCUUUCCAUCCUGUUAUCUCUCGCUCGCACCCUCUGUUUCUCUGUCCCUCUCUGUCCUUAUGCUUCCCCCCUCAUUCAGGCCCACCACCACCACCACCACCACCCCCAAUCACUUAUCCUGCCCUCCCUCCAUCCCUCCUUCCCUCUGGACCCAGUUCCAGCCAGACUCAGCAGAUGUCUGAAAGCUUGGCAUCAGGGCUUUUUUUCCGCAGAGUUCAGUCCCUCCCAGAUGAAAAUGCGGCGCGAGGAAGGAACUGCACUCUCAUCUCUGCAAAUUAAAGCGCCUCCUAACAAUACGCAAGUGGGAAGUAAGGAGAACUGAGCCCAAGCCAGAAGAAGGAGAAGAAGGCGCAAUGCAGCGUGAUACUGCUCAUGUUCAGGUCCGGUUUUAGACUCUGCAUUCGAGGGAAGGCGCUUGACUCAGUUUUGUGAGUCUUCUUCUAUCUGUGUGAAGAAGGCGGCUACAGCAGAGAGGAGAUGGUGAUCUAGGAGCCUACCCACGCAGCCAGCUACCUAUCUGGCCAACCUCCCUACCUACUGCUGCUUUUUGGAGCUGACAGGCCGCCACGCAAUAAAUAAAUCAUCAAAAAAACGCUGCAAUGCAGUAGGGGUCUUGUUCCUGUUCUGUUCUCUCAGGCAGCCAGCGUGAGGAGAGAAGACAGCAUCUUCUUCCUCUUCCUUUUGUCUCACCGGGGGGUUUGAGGAGGCAGCAACAGCAGCCAUCCCACUCCAUCUAGUCUUCAAGCUAGGUGGCUACACGGAGAGGAUUGAUGCUUUGAUGGAAAGGAGGGACUGAAGCCGAGAGGGAGGGAAAGUUUUAAAAAAGAGGGGCGGGAACAAGGAAAAGCGAGGGGGACGUGUGAAGAGAGCGUGUGAAUUACAGACGCAGAGCAAAAAAAGAGAAGAGAGAGAAGGGAGGCGAGAAGAGACUCAGGCUGUCAGGAGGAGAGGAGACGGAAAAGGCCCGAGGGGGAUCAGAGCGGCAGGGCUGGUGGAGAAGAGGAGAGUGACAGGAGGACGAGGUUCGCGUGCCGGAGAAGUGGAAGAAGGGACACCGGCAAAGAGGAGGAGGAGGAAGAGGGAGUGAACGAGGGAGAAUUUGAAUGUGUGAGACAGCCGUGGACUGAAGCCAUCCUUGGCUCAUGGUCUUAGAGCACAGACAGAGGAGAGGAGGAGGAGAAGGAGGAGGAGAAGUGGAGACACACGGGGAAGAAGGGGAGAGGAGAAGGAAAGUGGAGAGCUGGUCUGCAGUUGUUCCUUUAGAUCAGACGAUGAUGGGGCUGUACUUCCCUGCAAUGCUGCCGGUAAGUUUACAUAGUCUGCAGAGCUACAGCUCAGCGCACACGCUGGAAACUGCAGAAGAGCAGAGUUUAUAAUGAUUUUUGUUGGCAGGUUUUUUUUUUUGCUGGCUUGCAGAAGAAGUAAUUGCUGCACUGUUUAUGGUAAAGCCUGUUUUGGUUCUCUGCCUCUUGGCCCAGGUGAGGCCUUGUCAGAUAGUUGGCAGGGCACCAGGCUAACAGCGGGGCUUGUUUCUGCAGCUCUGCUCGUCUCACUCUUGAACUGUUUGAGCUUGAGUAUCUUUGAUUGCUGUGGAAGAAAUCAUGCUAGUGGCUAAUUAGGUCACUUUUGUUAUGCUGAAGUUUGAUCAUGUGGCUCUUAAGUGCGAGCAACAUCCUGGGGGGCUUCAGCUGAGUAGUAACAACACUUCAGCCAUUAGGUGGAGAUGUUUUUUUUUUUUUAGCAAGUGGUUGAUUUUUUCUAUUUGCAUGAUUGUCAGCAUGUAAAAUUUGUCUCAGUCCUAUUUUAGUCUAGCAGCAUCCUGCAGACCCUAAAUAAACCAAAAAGGCGCAUUGUAUCCAAGCUGCAGUAUCUUUGACUGUCUUGAAUCCUGAAAAUAGUUGGAUUGCAUGUUUGCACACAAUGUUUGUUUAUAAGCUAGGCUAAUCUUAGCAUGUGGUGGGCGUGUCUGUGCUACUAUAGCCUGAAAAUGAUUCGUCUGACUCUGUUCUAGCUUGUCCUGCUCUCUGGUCUCUGCUGCCUCUAGGCCCUGAAGGUUGGGGGUAGAGGGGGAGGGGGCUGAAGGAGGUACACGCUGACAUGGAGUAGCAGCCGCUGGUUGGACUGCCUGUGUCGACAUGCAUGCACAGUGGGGUAUUGCAUGCUCUCGCCAUGCUGACGGCACACAGUGUCAUGUUAUAUUUCAUGCUAUGUAUGUGUGUGUGUGUCCUGUCAUUUCAUGUGGGCAAAUGGUGGAGGUUUAUUUUUUCUUAUCAAGAGAUUCAACGUUGUCAUCCAAGCUGUCCGUGCGGUUUAGACUUCAUCUUUGUUCAGAUUGAGGGAGACAGGUGCCAGGGCACAGUUGUUUCAGCACAGACACACUGACACGCAAACCAGUUGUUGCUUUUGUGUUGGCAAACACGGGGUAGUAUUCACUGCACAGCAACAACUAUUAUUGGUCUGAAUGUAACUGCUGUAUUCAUGUAGUGCUCUGUAGUUUUAUAUGCACAGUUAACUCAAACUAUGUUUACAGCUUGAUUAGAAAAUUUAACUCGACUACUGUCCUUGUCCUUAUUAUCAAGCAACACUUUAGAACUGAUUAAUCAACAGUAGGUGGCGAUAUACCUUCUAUUAGCUAGUUAUAAAUUGACUGUUUGACCUAAUCGUUCAAGUACCAAAACAGUUGACAAACAAGUGAGCAAGAGGCUGAUUAGUCGUAUGUCUAAAGUCAAAACAUGAACGACUUCAUGGACAGCUCUCUACUGUUUGUGGAGCAUUUCAGCUUCUGGAAAAAUCUGGCAUUUUUAGAGCAUUCACAGAACUUUAGGGACAUUUUGAAGUCGAUUGAGAUGUAAGAGAAAGUCAAUCCCCAACACAAUAUGGAAGUACAAUAUGAUCCGAUACGAUCGAUACGAUACACUUUGUCUCCUGAGGGAAAUUUGUCUUGGACUCCAAGAGCUGCACAGAUAAAGCUGCCAACUAGUGACACAAAGCCGAGACCUAACAAAGACACAGUCACACAACCCACGCACAUUGCACAUACACACACAUUGCACAUUACACAUGGACUAAUGUAUUUACAGUGUUGUCCAGUGUAUGCUGGACAAAUGCAGUAAAUAGACGUUUUUAAUAACUUUGAAGUGAAACACAGCUGGAGAACACUGUGUACUCGCGUAUAAAGGCAUUCUGCAACAACAAGAACACAUGGUGAGAAGCCAUUAUCUUUGUCCGGAGAAGUGUUAGCAAACGUGGUGGAAUCAGCAACAGCAUAAUCACAGUGCAGCAGUCCGCUAUUGUUGUUGUUACCUCCCCACUCGCACAAGGCUAUUUAACUGGUAAUGUUACAUGCAUGUGCAAAUGGGGCUUUGAUGUUGCUACUCUUAAGAAAUCUUUGUCUUUGAAAUCUUGCUCAGUUACACGGCCAUUGAAUUUUUCUGAAGUUUGUUUUCAGUUGCCUUGAAUACCAAUUCCAUGCAAAUGAAAAGCCAAAGAAAAACAGUAUUUUACUGUUUACUAUGGAAAACAUUCUCAUGCAAACAGAGCCUGUGACUCCCUAUUUCAGUUUAGUGACAGUUGUUUAAUUUCUUUGCGUCACGGCCAACCAUUUUCUUAAAUUCAGCCUCAUACUUGUGCUCACUUUUGAGUCACUUUGAUGUGGACGAUCACUGUAUCUCUCCAGCUUUCAUCUUUCCCCCCGGUGCUGUCGUUGUAAGUGACAGCUGGCUUAGUCUUAAGAGGCACACUUGAGUCAUCUUCUAGUAUGAAUGACUGUUAGUUUCAGCAUACAUCAAGAAAAGGGAAACAUGUCUUUGGGUUGGAUAAAUACAAAAAGAGAAGAAGAGGUCCACAGGGGGCUCCAGAAUCAACACUUAAUAAAAAGUUCCUCACAGGAGCUUUAAUGAGAGUUUACAAUAUUUUCCACAAACAAAGAAAAACAGGUUUCUACAGAAGGCAACACAGCAACAGAAAAUCAAACAAGAAGACCUGACGCAACAAGAUGACCUGGAAGUACAAACUUGAUCAAGUGGAUGGGAGAGGUAAAAGGAUGUAAACACACCAGAAGAGAUGAGUCAGAAGAAAAAUACCUGCUCAUUAAUGCAGCGUAAACAUGACCUGCUGCUCAUUCUUCAUCACAGUGAGAUUACAAUCAACAGCACGUCCUUAUAUGAACUGUCUUCACAAAUACAUAGACUGCAGUAAUAAAAGCUGCAGACUGGGGUGUUUAUAUUUAUAAAUUGUGAGUCAUGUAACUUUGUAAGAUACCUUUUCAGUCAGUUUAGGAGGAACUAUCAACACGCCCGCUCAGUGAGGUCCAUGUUGUUGUCUCUCUGUCUUCCUGCUGUCUUUGCCCCCUGCAGGCUUCAACAGCUGUUAGCUUCAACACUUAAAUCCUCUUCAAAGAGAAUGGCACCAAGUGGGCACGGGGUUAUUGACAUGUGGGAGUGAACUUUACACUUUAAAGGUGACACAUCUCCAGUCACACCCUGGCUCUUCCAUAUGAACUACAUGACCAUUCUGUCGUUUUGUUGACACUUGACACAUCUCUAUACUGCAGGUCCCACCUUGUGUAAACAUUACUACUACUACUCUACACUUCUUUGUAUUUCAGUUUCUUUGUACAUCAAAUUAAAUACAAUCAUUGAAUCAUGUUUAUUCAGAAUAAACAUGAACAGUCUGUGCCUCUGAUGAUUUCAAAGAAGCUCAAAUCUCUGCUGCAGACUUGUGGUCCAGACUUGUUUAUUUCACCUGGACUUACUUCUGUUUGUUUUCAUCCUUGAAAUAAUUCUGUGUGAAAAAUCUGCUGCUUACUUGACAACCCAGUUGGUUAAGAUAUCAAACAUAUUUGAAUAUGAGAUGUUACAGGCAGACUGUGACCUCAGGACAGUGUUCCCUUGUCUUCUGGUGAUGUACUGAUUCGGAAACCUUGUCUCUUUGGUUGACUUGUCCGCGCCAGCCCCCCUGCAGCAGAGCAGCACACAAGCUUUAAGCUCGUCUGUUUUCAUCUCUGCUUUUUCACAGGUCAACAGAAAUGUGUCACCAAGUAGCCGGUUGUCUGAAAACAUCUGCCCACACUCAGUUCACAUUCCCCCUGCAUCUCCACAUGUGUAUCUGCAGUCCUGCAAAGGUGUUGCGUCAUCCCUCUAACCCACCUGCUCAGCACUGAGCCGGGUGUCAAACCGAGCUGCUUUUUCACUGAGUGACUUGAAGGCAGUGAGUGGCAUCUGAGUAUUUAGGCUGCUUUACUGUUCCCCUCUAACAUUAUCCCCUCAGACUGCGGCAGGACUCCUCGGAAUUUGCAAAGGAUCCACACCCAAGUCUGUUCCCCUCAGGGUCUGUGUUUGUGGGAGUGUAGCUGCACAUGAGGAGAGAGGGACCCAAUCCUGCAGCUGCACUCCUAACAAAGUGACAGCUACCUGUGCCGGGGCAUGACAGUACAUCCCAAACAGCUUAAGUGUUUAUUUAACAGCAUAUUCAACCUUAGUCAUUGUGGUCGAUCUGUAGGAUAGUGCAUAUUUCUAAGUAAGUAGAAAGCAUCACAUCAGAAUAUAGAUUUUUCUCCACGUCAAAGUCAAAGCACUGAAGCUGGUCUAAUUAACCACCUCAUUAAAAAUGAGCAAGAAGUCAAACAAUUACAUCUUUUAUGUCAGUUUUUUAAAGUUUGUCUUGAGAUUUAUACCUUUUUUGAGAGGAAAGAGCAGCAGAUAGACUAGGAAACUAGGAGGAGAGAGUUUGCAAUGACAUGCAGCAAAAAACCAUUGGUUGGAGUCGAACCAAGACCACUCACUAUGAAGACUAUAGCCCAAUGUCAUACCUUCAAUUUUGAAAUUAAUGUUUUACCUUUCUGUAAAUUUACUAAAAGGUUUAGACAUCAAAUGUAUCUUGUAAUUUAUUUAUGAUAUAUCCAGUAUUAUUAUGAUAACUGAUCAAAUACCAGAGAUACUGCAGAUGUUGCACUUGCUUUAAAGGGAUAUUCUGGCGUUAAAUUAAUGUAGGGUCAAACACUUUGAUUUUACGCCGGAAUAUCCCUUUAACUGAGGAUAUGCACACGGUAUCAAUGUCACCUUCCUUACUUGUCUGCACCAGAAUUACUUGUUGGUUAAACCCACACUCGCCACACUGCUUGGUUACAUCAGAGGCUUUCUUACAUCACUCCCAGGAACAUUUUGUAUUUCAAAACGCUCUUAGAAACUUUUGUCAGUAAUAAUGACAGGGAAAGGUUGCAGUGUAAAAAAGAUCUGACUUGACCCAUUAAUGAGGCACUAAAGGAAAACGCUUAAGUAUUGGUGGCCUAACAGACUGUGAUGCCGCUCCACCUCGGGGUUAACUGCUCUCCCUGCAUACAUACAGCCGUGAUGAUAUUGUCAGGCGCUCUAACUGCUGCUGCCUAAGGCCGUACGCAGAGAGUCGAGGUGUGAAAACGCUACACAUGUUCUCUCUCAGCAGAACACACACGCACUACAAACACAGAUCCGGAUUUUACCAGCAGUAAAUAGUAGAGGUGAUGCUGCAGUGCCUUAAAAGUCUGCAACACCUCCUCGGUUUUGCACUCCUGCAUAACAAACAGACCUUUAAUGUAGCUCCUCUUCACACACUUUACCCCAGCUCACUCUGCGGGGGCAAGUCAGAGCCGCUGGGUUUUCAAAUUUUCACUUCCUGACUGCAGUGAAAAAACUUUCCCUUCUUGCUGCCUCCACUUAGAAUGGGCAAUGCAGGGUUUCGCAGAAUACCUCCUCGUGUGGAUGUAAUAAUAUGGCUGGAAUCAGCAGAGCAGCAAGCAUGUUAAAGCACUCAAAUCUUGCCCCGGCUCGAUUUGCAUAUUUCCAUUGGUCUGUGUCGUCUUUAGUAUUGGUUUAUUGGCCCCUGGGUUGUAUGGGGAGAAGAGCUCAUUCUCCUGUUUCAUGCACUGUAAAUCAGGCUGGAAUAAAGGGCAGGGAAAGUCCUGUGUGGUAUAAAUGUUAGUCGGCGAUUGGAUAUGAGAUACAGAGAGGAAAGAAAAGCCUCAGAUGGAGUAAACGCGAUGUACCAGAUCCAAAACAUAGAACUUUUACUGCAUUUGGACUCAGUUAGCCUUUUCUCCAUUCAAGCAGAUGGUUUCUUCAGUCCUGUUAGGAUUCUGCACACUUCAAGAUAAGAAAGUAAUAAACUGAUCAAGCCUUACUUUCAAAAAGUAAAGUCAAACUACAUCUCUGUCAGCCCCUCAGUUAUAUAUCCUUUGAAUGUUUAUUGAAGUUUAUUAUUAAUUCAGAUAAACCGCUCAUGAUUUUUCUUUUCUUUUUGCUCUCUGUGACUCCAGCGCAGUUUUUUUUUUUUUUGCAUCAGCUACUGAUAAUCUUCUUAAUGCACAGAAAAUCUGUAAAAUCUUUGUUAUACUUUCUUAGCGUAUGUCUUAAAAAAUAUCUCAUGGACAGACCAAACACCAAAGAUACCAAGUCUGUUUAAAUCCAUGCUUGCCCUUUUUUUUUAGUUUCUUCUCAGACGUCAAAUCCUCACAUUGGGGAGGAUGGAGAUAGCAGUGUUUUGCAUUUUAUUUUAGAAUAACAAAGUUCGAAUCAAUUUUUUUUCACUGCAUCAUUUCAGACGCCAUAAAUUCUUACUCUAACUUGACUGACUGACAAACCUUGUGGACUGUACACUCUGGUAUUCCUCCAAUCAUUCUGAGACCAGAAUAAAAAUGGCAGUUAUUUUCUUAAGUGUGUCCAACAUUCCUCUUUUUUCACAACUCGAUAACACAUCCUAAAGACAGGGGUGUUGUUGCCGGAGCUUUGCAAACUUUUCCUCUGUCUUCAUCUUUUGGUAGGACAUUUUGUUUUUUUACAGACACAACUUUUGUGGGUGCUGAGUGGUCAUUGGUUGAAGGCUGCCAGAUGUUGCUUUGAUCAUCAUUCACAAGAUGACAGAAAUGGUUCUCAGAGCUGGUAGGUCCUAAAAUUCUUUUGGUCACGCAGUCUCUCACAGGGUGGUGAUCCUCCUCCCGUUUUUACUGCUAAGACACCCAGGAAGCCCUUUUCAAACCCAGUUAUGUUAAUUGAAUGUUGCAAAUGUUUCUCUGAGCUUUGCCCAUUUUUAGCAUGGCAUGAUUUUUUUAGUCUGUUCUUUCCAUCCAUUUAACAACUUCUUUUGCACACAAUGCUGGCAUCAAUGUAAAAAGGAGCAUAUAUCAUACAUCAAACUUUAAUUUUUUCAGUUUUAACCCUUUAAUGACUGACACCACAAAUUAUGGCCAAAAAAAUUAUUUUUGGAGCUGAAAUGUUUAUUUCACUUACUACUGAAAACCCCCCAAAAAAAUGAAAAUGUCCUUAAAAUUGAACAAAUAUAUUUAUUUAUCUUGUUUAAUACAUUAGAUGUUUCUGGAAACUGAUAAACUACAAGUAGACUGUAUUCAGGUGUUUUUUUUAGUAAUUUGUUGAUCAUAUUGAUUUAAUAGAAGUAUAUAAAAGUAUGUAUCAAAUAUGAUACAAAAGGCUAAUAUUUGAAUAGUAUUUGCUCUUCUUUAAUGAACACAAAGUUUAAAUGAUCUACAAACCCACACAUUGUUCUUUUGCCGACAUUUUAAACACCACUCAAACUUUUUCAGGUCACUUUCUUCUAUGAUGCAAAUUUGUCUCAUGAUUCCGGAACAAAACACAGUGCUUUAUUCAGAGAUUUCACCCAAUUUGAUCCUUGGAUGUUCUCGUUUUUGAAUGGGUUGGGCUUCAAAUAAAGACCCUUUGUUUUUUUUAAGGAUUAUUUUAAGGCUCAUUUCAGAAAGUUUGCAGCCUGUAGUGCCGUUUUUUUUCCUAUACGGCUAAACUGACUUCAGUGCAUAUUUUUCAGUGACAAAAUGUGAGUCAAACUUAGGGCUACAUUGUUUUAUUGUAAAGUAUCUUAAAUCCUUGUAUCCUGUGUGUCCAAGCCCCUGAGUUUUUGAUAUUCCAUAUGGACAAGCUCUUUGAAAUCUGAUUGGAUGACAGUCAGGAAGAAGCAACAGGAGUUUGAGAAGGAGGUUACCAUAUAAGGAGGAAGGGGUGUGGUUUCUGCUGUGAUGGACAAAACAGAGCAGUAACAGAUUUGAGUGACUUCAGGGGUGGGUGGUGGCGGGUUUUAAAGGGGGGAAAAUAUCUCCUGGCUUUUAUCAGGCAUGACAGGCGAGGACCAGGAGGGAAGGGGGGAAGUGGGCGGAGCCAAGAGGGCGUCCUUCUUGAACCUGAGGGGGAAAAUAGACAGAUUGCUGCUUUAAAGAGUUUUUCUGUCGUGAAUUAGGUGACUUUAAAGCGCCAAUUUACCAAAAAUGGAUGAUUGAUGGGUUUCAGUUGCAUCCUCGUCACUUGGAUCGUCAUUUUGUCUCUGCGGGUGCUGUGCGCUUUGCUUCUUGGGUGGUAACAGGCUGAAAUCAGAAGACAGACACAGUGUACUGGAAGUGUUCUCUAAAAAAAAAGGCCUCCCCUCCUCCUCCUCCUUCUUCUUCUUCCCCCCUCCUUUCUGUGUGUGGAAAAACAUAUGGCGUCUCAGGUAACGCUGCUGCUGUGUGUGUCGAGAAAAAAAGCUUGGAUGAAUAGUUCCAACUCCAGAUGGUCUUUUUUUUUCUACCUGUUAUAUCAGAUUUUUAUUAAAACAUUUCACUUGAUACUCAGUCUACUCCUUUUUUGGCUUCUGCUCCCCUGCUUGUUUGGCUUCGUCUUAUCUCAGAAUUUAAAAAUCAGAGUGGAAAGUUUGGUUUUAAGACCAGACAUAACUCAAAUAAAGCCUGUCAUUAUUUCCCAUGAGCCCCUUCCCCCACCUUUUAAGCUCCCUCUUUUUCCUUUUCCAUUAUUUCGUCUCUCCUCUCUGCCUCGGACUAUAUGAUGCUGCCAUGUAGGGCAGUGCUGCUUCUCAGUCAGCGGGUCAGGAAUGUCCCAGCGGACUUCAGUGUGAACUAUUCCCUCCUCUGAUCUUAAUCUACUCACUGCGUUCAUUUUUUUUUUGUUUGUUGAAUAAGCCCAUUUAUUGUUGUUUGUACUCAUUUCACUAAAUCACAUCAGAUGAGAGUUUCACUCAUGGUCUCCAACGCUUCGUUGUAAAAGUGUUGUAAUUCUAGCAGUAAAACCUCUCUGGUGAGAGCCAGGAUUUGAUCAACUCCAAACUUUUUGUCAGACUAUAGGGGUGUGAUGAUAAUUCAUCUUAUGAGAUGAGAUGAGAUAAAACAUGAUAUUGGCUGAGACUGAGAUGAGAUGUGUCAAUUUAGCAGCUAUUUAGAUUAAGUUUAAGUCUCAAGACAAAAAUACCUGUUAGUUUCAGUCAUGUUCUUACCACUUUUGCCUUUUAUAGUUGAGUCAUUUCUUUUAGUCAAUAUAAAGUUGUGAUAUUUUAGUCAUUACUUUCGAAUUAAUUCAGCUCAGAAGAAUUGAGAAGUUGUUACCAUGGUUGUAUAAGGUGUUUGAUUUUGCAAUGUUUCAGCCUCCCUACACUUGAACUCCUGCUACCUCUAAAUUGUUUACAUUUUAUAGUUGUACUCAUCCAUCAGUACAAAGCUGCUGUGCUGACCCUGCUGAUCCUUACCCUACCUCAUAAGACCUGAUGCACUGACACACUGCCAACUUUGAAUUUUAGUAACUUACUAGAGUUCAAAAAUGAACUUUUGCCCCCAGAUUUAAAUGAAGACUGAUUUAAGAUAAAAAUGAACAGUCCUACUUUUGCUGCUACUACCAUUCUUGUUGCUAGGGCUCGGCGAUAAACCGAUAAUUUACAGAUACCUAAAUUUACGACAAAAACCAAUGUCAUUUUUGACGUCAUGUCCCUUUAAGACACUGUCCUACGUCAGAGAGGUGACUCCACCACAACAAAGAGGGAAAGACAGGUGAGGAGAUGGAGGAUGGUUCUAAAGUUGUAGCGGCUGGAGCAGCGGUUGAAGUAGACAAAGUUAAUGUGGGUGCAGCUUGUGGAGUAGUUAUCGUCCAUUUAUCAUUAUUGCGGUGAACUGCUCAAUAUAUAGUAUCACCCAGCCCUACUUGCUCCUAUUCCCUAAUUUAUAUUGUCGUUUUUAAAACAAUCAUACAAAUGAGACCGUUCAAACCAAAAUACAAGCCAUAAAAUCUAAACACAUGAAUGUACACAAUGAGUAAAAACAACAGGAACACAUUUCGAAGAGUAGAAUAACUGAAAGGCAGUGUUUCCAAAGAGGUUAAUGUAGAUCGACUACAUCACUGCACUACAGAGGCAGAGUGUUUUGACAUCAAGUCAUGUUAAUUCAGUCUUCCCUCAGCCUGUUGUGACCAUGAGAGAGGGUACACUGAAUAAACACUGAGCUGCUUUUCUGCUGCCCUAAAGCAGCCUCAUGUUGAUCUCAGUUAAUGAAACAUCAAGAAGCUCUACUCGACCCUCUCAUUCAGUGACACACAGCACUCCAGUUAAUACGUCUCCCUCUCAUUUCAUUGUCCCUCUUUCUCUAAACCCUUGACUCCCUCUCUUCUUCUUCCUUCCCUUCUUUGGUGAGUGUGACUAAGCCCUGGGCAGGAAUAUGCCUACAGGACACACCCUUUAGAGGCUGAAUACAGGCUGCUGCAUGUUUAUGAGCUCACAUGCCCUAACAAGUACGCUCAGGCUUUGAUAUAUUCCAGCCCGAGUAGGCUUAGGUCUAACCAAUGAAUUUUAAUGGUGUCUGAUGGUUCCUUUUUAUCACUCAGGGACAGAAACCAAACCAGAGAGGAUGCAAAACACAAUCAGCGAUUACAGAUUCUUUCCUAACUUGCAUCACAAAGCGAGUGGCAGCAGACGACUUCCCCAGAUUUUUCCAUCCUGUUUUUUUGGAAAACCUCUCUGAUGCCUCCUCUAUCUGUUGGGCGCAGACCCCAGAAGCUGUCUGUCUUACAGAUGGGCCCUUUUUUUUAAAAGCCUCAGCUGGCCGUUUACGGGCAACGCGGUCGACACAGCAGAAGAAGAAGGAGCAGCGUGGCUGUAGGAUUAGAGACAGAGGGAUACGGAGAGCUGGAUGCUUAGUUCCUCUGUCUAAUUAAAAGAGCUGUCUGGAGACAGAGUGUCUCCAGGCGUCACCCAGCCCAGAUCCAGCCCAUGGGUCGUGCUGCCUGGCCUGAUGUGGAAGGAGCAGCUUGACCCCAAAAACACUUUGCUUUCUCACACCCUGUCGGCCUCCUGUCUCCCCCCUUUCACUUCGCUUUACAUUCAAACCCCGCUCUCACUCUGCAUUCAGGGAAUCUGUAGACAGAAGGGUUGCAUGUUUGAACACAAGUGUCUAAACCUAUUCACCUAAACUUCACACAGACUUUUCCCCGGCACCUUUUCACUAAGAGUAAAGACAAAGUCAGGGCCAGCUGAUAUGGGAUCCAAUAUACUGCAUGUUUUCAACAGCCAGUGCUGAUAAUUCGAAAGUCAGGCUGCUGAUUACAGGUUUUGUUAUUUGUAUUUGAUAAAAUAGAAGAACUAAAUAUAUACAAUAAGAAACAACAAAAUAAACAAUAUUUACAAUAAGAAACAACAUUUUAAAUAAAACUCAAAACAGUUGUUCUUCUUGAAUCUCGCUUUUGUUGGCUCAGGAACUUCUUUAUCUGUUCAGCCACCUGUAUUAGUUAAAAUAGAAACAAUGCACGGUUAAAAUUUUGUUAAAAACUCAAUAUUCAUUACAACAUAAUAUCCUUGACUGUCUUUCUCAUUAACAUGUUUUUGAAGCAUUUUGAUAAAUUCAUGAAAUAGCAAAACAUAUAGGUUAACCUAUAGAUUUCAGAACAAGACUUAAUGUUAUAAACAAUAUGUAACUGCCUUAUUCUGUACAUCAGAACAGAAUUCAUGAUAAACAUUUUCCAGUGACUUUGUUAGAUUUGAUAUGCUCUCAUUUCAGGGUGAGAAAAAUCUGCUGCAGUCCUUCCUCCUGAAAAAUCUCCUCCUGCUUUUCUUAGACAGUUAAUCCCAUCACUCACCGGGAAUCUUUGCCGCUGAAAGUGUCAACAAAGGCUGUUUCUGCAGCUGACACCAGCCCUGCAGCAGCAGUUACUUGGCUUGUUUGUUCUUCAGGUCAUAAAGAGGUGUUAAUAUCAAUCAGAGUCUGUUUCAUGAAUGCCUAAGAGACCCUCGCAGGAGUUUUAAGCCCAGAUUGUUAUUGUAUCGCCAGUAGGAUCAGGUUAUCAAGGCUUAAAGGCAUUUUUUACUUUUGCUCUAACUUAAAAAAAAAAAGUCAGGAGCACCCACUGAAAAUUAAAGAGCACUGCAAUUACUAUUGAACUCUGUGUAAUCUGCUGCCUCCAUCAUAGCAGAGCCAUUUGAACUGUGAACCCUCUUUGCUGCUGGUGUUUAUCCAUUCAGCAGACCAGUAUGCAAUGAUGUGAGAAUGUAUGUGAAUCUGCCCCCCUUCCCAACAAAAAUGCCCUAUAACACAGGAUAACAGGAGAGAAUUCCAACAACUUUUAACCAUCACUACAUUUUUAUUUAACCAAUAGCCCGUUGGCAAUCUAUAAAGGUCAAGGGUGCCAUAUAAUGGUCAGGUUACGCCAGGGCACCUACUGCUGGAUUAAACCUUAUGCUUCUUCAGAUGGCCUGAUGGGCCCAUAUACUCAGACUUGUUAUCUAUUACACCUCAUUACAGUCCAAUUUUAGUUCAAAACUGUCAACCCUAUGGAGUGUUAGCUAGCUCUCUGUCACAUGACAAAGCAGAGUGAAAGGGGGUGAUUGGAGGCUGAUGCUAACCAAUCUAAAAUCAGUACUGAAAGUCAAAAAUGACCAGCUGGGGUUUAAUUGAUUUUCAUAGCAUUUGAUUUAAUGGAAUGGUGGUUGAUAAAAAAAUGCCUGGCAAUUUUUUCAUUAUGACCUUGGUUAAAAAAAUAAGUGACACCUAUAAACGCUUUCAAAUCUGUUUUUUGGUCCAGUUGCACUCUCAGAAUUUUCAAAUCCAGAGCAAACAGUCACAGUUUUGAGCCCUGUAUUAUGAAGGAUUGUACUUUGCCCACUGUGUGCUUCACAGUCUGUUUGUCAGUGAACAACUAAAUGUCACUAAAACACUUCAAAUCAGUACUCUAUAUACUUCAAGAAGGUAUCAGAAAAUAUCCAGUACCAUCACCCAGUCCCUUGCUUUUGUUCUUCUAUAAAGCCAGAAUCAGUCACCUAUGAGAACAGGCCUCUGCUGCUCCCUGUCACCUUAACUAAAAAGAGUAUUCAAAGUUGUGAGGGGAUGUCAAACGUGAAAUCAAAGGGGUAAAAUCUUGAAAAUCUUUAGACAUGUAUGUCCUGAAAUCCUCUCGAGUUCCUGUGCAAAAUAAGACACUGCGUUCCCUUUCCCUUUACUCUUUGUCUUUACUUCUAAAGGACUUUGUUAAACUUACUGCAAGAUGUCCUUGAGUGUGGAAAUGACUGAAGCAAGCAAUACCGCAGAGUCACCACACACACACACACACACACACACACACACACACGCACAAACAAGAUAAGGUGUGUGAGUUGGAACAGCAGCAAUACAGCUAUAAAGAAUCUCUCGAUGAUGGUGCUGCUGAUAGAGCUGUAACAGUGCAGGGAAUAACGAAUCGAAGGCAACAAAGUCCCAGCUGGGAGACGGUUAACGUGAAUUAUAGAUGACUGCUGAAAGAAAUAAUAAAAAUACAGGAACACACAGUUCAGGCGGUGGCUGUAAACAUGUCACACUUAACAUGGUGCAGUCUGUGUUUAUCUCUUUGUGUGUCCAUCCUCUCCAUAAGCAUCUUUGUGUUUCAAACUGUGUAUCGAAUUUUCUGACUCUUAAUAAUAGAUGUGUUUGCAGUAAAUAUUUCAUGGUCGGCUGACUGAAAACACAUGCCUGUCAGAGAUAUGGAGGCAGAGAGAGAGAGGGGGGCGGAUAACAGGGGAGGAGGGGGGAGUUACUAAGUGGUAAAAGGGAGAGAGAGGGAGAGUGAAAUGUAAUAAGCAGGAUUUUAACCUCUUCAUUCUACCUCCAUCAGGACGCUACGACCACACAGAAAAGCUUAGAGUGCGUCUAAUAAGCGGGCUUCUUCUCUUCUCUUCUUCUUCUCCUCCUCCUCCUCCUUCCCCCUCUCCCCCCUCCACCCGCUGCUGCAGGGCUCUCAGGAUUCGACAGGAGCACAGGAGGGAUUGGUGGCCCCACCCUUUUCAGCGUUCCCCCCUCCUCCCCCUCCUCAGAACGGGCUGCCGGGGACGGAGUUUGGCCCUGGGGCCAUGUUUGCAGCUGGGGGCCAGGGGACUGCAGACAUAGGGGCAGCUGCUAAUGGAGCGAGCACCACUCCCCCCACCAACAACAAUGUAAGCGACGUGUCUUUUUAGUCCUCUGGUUGUCUGUCAGAUAUGUGGCCCAAAUAAGGAUUCUGAAUGAUAGUUGUUAUUAAAGAUGUUCUGAUACCAUUAUUUUCUACCUGGGCGAAGACUUUGCUUGAAUAGUGGCCAAUAACAGGAACCCGUCAUUACACAGCGGGGUUGAAAAACAUUAAAAACUGGGAGAAGGCAGGAUUUAUUGAAUACUUGAGGCAAGGUAGUUCACAAAAACUCAUGAAAUAAUGGAAACUUAAAUGUCAAGAAUAUCUUAAUCAUUUGAAAUACAACACAACUUGAUUGUGUUUUUAGGAAGCUAAGUAAAAUAAUAUCAAAUUGACUAAAUGUUAAUAUUCUGAUUAGCACCUGUGUACAGCUGCUGUCCAUCAUUGGGUUGGAGUUUUAACCAAUCAGAACCAAGUACUUAAAACAGCUGGAGUUAUAAAGUGAGUUGAACUUAGUCAGGGACAUAAAGAUGUAGAACAUUUGUAAGGCCGAGAAGAUAAAACUAAGACCCCACAUGAAGAUCUUGCUGUACUUACACUGCGUCGUUUGCAUCGGGGUUACUGUUAAAGGUGUCGCAGACUUUCAACCCGCCAAAAUAAUCAUCACGGAUAAUUUUUUCCUUCACCUCCACCUCUGUUUCUUUCUCACUCGUCUCUUUUCUCCCCUCUCCACAGGGAAAGACAGAGGAAGCCCCCCAGGGUGAGGCGGGUGUACAGUGCAGUUCAGGAGCCGCAGGUUCAGGAGGCUCUGUGGGAGACUCUUCAGAGGCCAAAGGCACCCCGAAACGCCUUCACGUCUCAAACAUCCCCUUUCGCUUCCGGGACCCUGACCUCAGGCAGAUGUUCGGGGUAAGAUGUCGAGAAUGUAGAGGGCCUCUUCUUUAAUGGGAUCAAUAAAUCAGUCUGGACAACCUGGGGUCCUCGGGGUGGGGACACAGGGACACACAAAAAAGUCAGACCAGUACAAAGGACAGACGCUCAUGUUUUCUCUGGGGUUAAUUGGCUGCUUUGUGUGUUAUUGUGUUUGCAUGAGAGUGGAAGAAAGAGGCACAGAGCAGGGUUCAGGGCGACAGAGGAGAGAGAAACAACUUUAAGAGGGAGUCUGUCUUUUGUACAAUAGUGACACCUAGUGUCAAGCAGUGGUAGCUUAGUUUAAUAAUGCUGUUUCAUUUAGGAACAGAGAUGUGGAGCAUAAAAAGAAAAACAUAAACUGUGGGUGUGGUAGACACUUUAAAACAGCUUCUAUGUGAACCACACCCAGAAGACAUACAAAAGUUUAUACAAGCGUAUAAAGGAGAAGGAGGAGAAAAACAGAAGAAGUUUAUUUGUACAGAACUCUUCAUUCGAUUGAAAGUACAAAGAAGACACAUCAAAUGUUUUAACUCCAACACUGUACUGCUCUAUGAAAAAUUAAGUCUCCUUUAAAUUUGGGGCCAGCGGCAUGUUUCAUCAAAGUUGGAACAGGGACAGUCUAACACUGCAGAGCUGUGCAGUUCUUAAAAAACACACAGACUAACAUGGAGCAGGCUAAUAAGACGACUGGGUAUAAAAAGGGUCUUCAAAAGAGGCCGAGUUCCUGAUAUUAAGAUGAGAAGAGAUUCACUCCACUGUGAGAGACUGCGUGAGGAAAAUCGUUUUGGAUAAUGUCCUGCAGCGUGAAAAGAGUUUGGUUUAUGGCAUUGUUAAAAGAGUCGGAAAACUUAGUACAUAAAAGUAGAAGGCUGAUAACUGAUGUGGACCCUGGGGCAGCACUGCAUCAAAAACAGGCACGACUCUGUGAUGAAUAUCACUGCGUGAGCUCACAAACUACAUAAACUAUUUUCUCGGUGUGAGUUUUCUGCCACAACCUCAAAUGCAGGUUAAAACUGUAUCAUAAGAAGAGGAAAUCUUAUGUGAAUAUGAUACAGAAAUACCAUUGAGUCCUCCAAUAAUUUAAAGAAGAACUCAGUGGUAAACAGGCCCUGUGUCUAUUUAAAAAGAAAAUGUGGUUUAAAUUUAAAGGAAGCAUUUUGAUCAUCAUAUGUCAUAAAAUGCGUAAUGUCAUAAUUUUUGUGACCUUUAUGCUUAUUUCUUCUUUUUUUUAAUUUUAGCAAUUUGGGAAGAUUCUGGACGUGGAGAUCAUUUUUAAUGAGAGGGGCUCAAAGGUAAGUGCUCGCAGACUUUCGAUGCUCUGAAAACACUCAUUGUUUACAUUAAUUUCCACCCUGCAUGGUAAUUCUCUGUAAAAAUGACACUCAGCCACUUGGGAAAUCAUCUUUACAAAACUCUAAUUAUCCAUUAAACAAUGUCAGAGGAAUCACAGAUUAUCCUCUCUCUUUUUCCUCUCCCACAAUCCCUCAUGACGUGGCCCUCAACUGCUUCAAACCCUUCUAACCUCGGCCGUGUACCGCAGGGUUUUGGCUUUGUGACAUUUGAGAACAGCGCAGACGCAGAGAAAGCCAGGGAAAAGCUCCACGGCACUCUGGUAGAAGGUCGUAAGAUUGAGGUAAUUUUUCUCCCUCCUUCUCUCUCUUUCUCCUCCUCGUUUCUUUUCUUCUGUCUCCUCUCUGUACUACCAUUGUAAUUCUGCUUGAUCACUAACUGCUAGCUGCCUCCCAUCCUCCCUUUAGUGUUACGCUCUGAUGCAGCCCGCUGGUUUCCCUCUCCCUGGUCCUCUGCUGUGUGUUUUCAUGGUUGAAAAAUUAUAUACCCCCUUUUUUUUUUUGUGCUUUCUUUUUUAAAGUGGGAAUGAUCGGGGGUGCAAGAACACUACAUAAGGCAUGCUGGGUAUUUUUCUGCAGCAUUUUUUUUCUACAUUAAAGGGAUGGUUUGGAUGAUUUUAAGUCGAGUUGUAGAGGAUAUUUAACAGUGAGGUUUGAUCAUUUGGCAGCAGUCAACACGGUCCCCUUUUUUCAAUAAGUCAGCUAGAGCUCCAAAAUGAAAGCAAGGAACAUGCUCUCAGCACUCAUAACACACCCGUCUUCAAAAAAAAUUCCCAAUUUUUCUAAAAAUUUAAAGGAAGGAGUGCUCUUUGCCUAAAAAAAACAGUUUGUUUAGGGUGCUUUUUAGGAUAGGAUUUCAUAGAUCUCAAAGUUUGAUGCUGUCUGGGUUUAUUCUAAGCUCUACAUGUUCAUGCUCCGGCAUUAGGUGUGUCUGAGAAAUGUCCUGGAGUAGGUCUUCCAAAAAAUAAACAAAUAAAAGUUGGUUUUAGAUGCGUGUAGGUAGGCUAUGGUCUCAUGUCUCUUUAAGACACUGUCCUAUGGCGGAGAUUUGACCCCACCCCAUUCAGUCCGUAACAAAGAGAGAAAGACAGGUGAGGAGAUGGAGGACGGUUCAAAAGUUGGAGCGACUGGAGCGGCGGCUGAAGUAGACGAAGUUAAUGCAGCUUGUGGAGUAGUUAUCAUCCAUGAACUGCUUGAUAUAUCGUGAUAUUGAUUUGAGGCCAUAUCCCCCAGCCCUAGAUUGUACUUCCUCCUCUGCAAAGAUAGCUCUACUUCCUGGAGUAGGGAACCCACCAGCUGUGGGGCUCUAACAGAAAAUGUCCUGUCACUAACUUGUUGUGAUAAGGUGUGCUGUUGGAACUUACACAGAGUUUCUGUCUGUGGACCAACAGCAGCUGCAGUGCUCAUAGAGAGGAGCAGGUGACAUUGGUAGAGGCAUGUCCAUGAAGGGCUUUAACUGUACAAGUCAAUCCUGUACACAGAUGGUAGCCAGUGCAGAGAUGCUAAUAGCUAACAGGUUCUGAGAUAUAGCUCAGUGUCAGCGUUGAAAAAAGGGCCGUUCUGACUGUCAUCCAAUAUCCCUGAAUGGAGACCCCAUACAACACUUCAAACUCUCUAAACCAUCCCUUUCAGGCUGUUACAUCUCAACCUUUUUUCUCCACUGAUGUGCAACUUGUAGCCACACCAAUGUUACAACUUCCUCCGCAACACUUGGUUGUCUGUUUGUGCACAGGAGGGCGGGAGAGGAACGCAGCGAAAGGAUGAUGCAUGGCAGAUUGCCGUCAGAUGCUCUCAUUUUCCUCUCUAGUGUAGAAGUCCUGCUGCGCUCCCCUCUCCUGAUGCUGUGGCUAAGUGGUUGUGACAAGCUUAUGGCUCCUGGUGCAAAAACAGCAGCAUGCUGGGAAUCACAGCACCACCGACGCAUGUUCACUACUGGAGUCUUUGUACUUGAGUUGUUAAGAGUCUUUGUGGUUCAGGUUGUUGUUUUUUUAUUUGAUUCAGUGUGUGGUUUCUUUCACUGAAGCAUGUGCUGAGUAUUUGGAAGCAGUUUGCCUUGUUUUUCUUUACUGGGGUGUUCAUAAAGCGGUUGUCCAUGUUGGAUCUCCAGCUGCUGUAAGCCAGGGUUUCUGCAUGGGCUUACUGCGGGGAUUUAGUGUGUGAGUGUUUGAGUGUGUGAGUCAGUCCCUGCAUGACGGAUGAGGCUGGCUAGACCCUUUUUUUUUUUAGUUUAAUACUCUCAGUUCUGCUACAAUGUGGGAAAUGAAAGACAACUACCUGCAUCCACUAGGACAACAUACUCCCCCCUUCACUCCCCUCCACUUUCAAUCAGCCAAUCAGCAAGCUGAACAAACACUGAUGGAGCCGAUUUACUCUGCAUCAGUCCUGCCUUUUGCGUUCAGUCAACAACUUGUGUUGCUUUAACCUGAUUCUCUGUUUUUCGUGCAUGAUCUUAAUCAACCAGCGAGAAGUCGAUCUUUGUUUUCAGUUGUCACUUUGCAUGUUCUACUGACAGUGCUGUCGAGCUGUAGCUGGUUCUGUUUCAGCUGCAUGGUGGGCCGACAGCAGGAGUGUGUGGAGUGUGUAUCUCUCUGUCUGUUUAUGGUGCAUGGGCUUCUAGGGCAGGACAAAUGGUGGAUGUGUGUUUAUAGACUCACUCAGCCUAGGAGGAAGGGAUGGACAUUUCUAUUUGAGGCGAUGCUCCCUUUCCUUCAGCUGUUGCUUUAUUUGGUCGUAUCCUCUCAGAGUUUGUACAUCAAUGUCUGCAGAGAGUUAGACAGCAGAAAAUGGCACUAAUACACAUGAAUAAUUUACACACUCUGAAAUAUGGGCCGACUGUAAACCGGGGUUACUCAUAAACUGAGCUAAUGUGGUGUUUUCCACUGGCAUGAGUUGAGCUGAUGAAGCUCUAGGGAUGUAACAGUACCUCCUGAGGCAGCUGGAAAUGGGUAAAUAUAAAGGUCAGUUCAAAUCAGUGAGAUAAAAAUGAAUAUUGAUUCUUCUUUUUUAGUAGAAGUCUUUUAAGUCUUACAGAAAUGGUGAAAGCAGGCGAAGACUCUGUAGUUGAGGAUGCUCAGUCAGUUUCCCCAAACAUCAAUCACUAUUUCCAGAUUUUACAUAAAUAUAAAGCUCAUGUGGCAGACAAAAGGCAUCAUUUGGGUUAAUUCCACUGAAGUAAGCCAGAGUGAAGCCUCUACGUAAAACACAGAUAAGAAAGCUUCUCUGAGGGAUGUAUCAAACCAGAAGUUCCUGUGUUUGUGCUGCAAUCAUGGCUGGAAGUCUUUAAAGGUAACCACUGACAGGAAAUGCUGAAAAGUCAGUAUCCGUUCUUAACGGAAAUCACAGACAGAUUGCCAUUUCAAUACUUUUCUUAAAUUUGUCCAUCACCAUGUGUUAUCAGUAAACUGGUGGAUGAUUCCUCUAUCUCUCUGAGUAGUAUGUCCACUCCUCAGUUAGAAAAAAAACUGAUGUUUGGUCAAUGAAUAUGAACUGUUUGGCUUUCUUUUUACUGUUUUUAUUUCUUUUAUUAUGAGAUAAUCUGGUGUACUUUUGUAUUUAAAUCAAAACAAGAAAUAAAGUAACAUGUGUAAAGCAGUUAAAAAGGCAAAAUGAGAUAUUUUUAAAAUUUCAUCUUGAAGCCAGUGUUGUAAAUCUUGUCCUGAGCUCUGGUAUUUUUACAUCCCUAGUAGCUUAAUUGUGCUUAUUGUUUCUUUUUAUCGUACUUUGUCACUAAACUUGGGCAGCUGUGCAGAAUAUGUUUUCUUUCUUGCAUGGGUAAUAUCUCUUGCGGCACAUUGUUUGAUACUGUUUGGUGAUGGGACUCACUCCUAGACUCACUCUUUCAUAUAGCAUGGAAACAGAUGAGGCUGGAUGUCUCUUAUAUGUGAUCCGCUCAUUGACCAUAAGGCUGUUUGUUGUUUCAGUUCUAAUGAAAUGAUACAUGGAGGUUCGCUGCUAUAUUUCACCUGUUUUCUGACAUUUCUUUUACUUGCAUGUUCUUGAGAGUUGUUUAUCCUCGCAGCUUUAGCAACAAAAGGUUUGCAUGUUCGCAGCAAAUGUCAAAGAAAGAGUUUUGUUGUGCUUUAAGUUGUACUCUACUUGUCUUUGUCUGGGAUAAAACUCUGCGUGGUGAAGAGCUCAUUCAGCCAUUAGCAGGGGAAACUUUGGGUCUUUUAUAUUUAAAAAAAAGUCACUGAUACACUUAUCCAUUGUGAAUGCUUUAGCGUUGGCAUUUUCUCUGUAUUUGCAAUAAAAAUGUGGCACUCACUUUUGUUUUUUGGUGCAAAUGCUCGUUUCACCCACAGAUGCUUUGCAAGUGACUUUAAAGAUUCAUCGGGCUGAAACUUGAAGACCUUUUCUCUUGUCUCUGAAAAUGUUCAGUGCUUGUUUUUCCAUUCACGGUCAUAUUUUCCUCUCUAGAAACACUGACAAACAUCCACACUGGUGACGGCAUCUUUACUCUCUGUUUUCAGCUGGCUGCAGCAGAACUACUUCUUCUCUGUGUGUCAUGGUGGAUUUUAUACCACCACCUAUCGUAUCAGAGUAUAUUUAGGCAUUUUGAUUUAGCAAAUAAAAGCAGCUUUUAACAAGUCAUGCCUAAUAAUCUAAUUCCACCACAAGACCUGGGAGUAAAUGGUUGUAUGAUAUGAACCCUGGUAUCACUGCUGUCGUUUCUGUAUCUCCAGGCUCAGACUCGAUAUGACAGCGGACUUUCUGUCAUUCAGUGUUUUGACAGUCUGUCACAACCAAGACAGAACAUUAAGAAACAAAUCUAGCGACUGUGCUAAACCCAAAGCACUGCCAUCACUAACUCCUACUCUAAGGUUGUGUGCUGAUCUGAUCGUGUUACUGGACUGCCGUCUAAGUGACAGCUCCUUCACUGUGCAGAGUUUUAGUCAGACAUUUAACCAACAAGAGAGUGGCUCGAGUGUGUGUGUGUGUGUGUGUUUGUCCUGCUCUGGUGUCGUUGGGUAGAGUGUUGAAAUCACCGCAUGGAUGUGUGCAGUUAGAGGGAGUAGAAGAAGCUGUGUUUGUGGUUCUGCAUGCUCGGUCACCACACACUCCUCAGUGUCACAUGCAGUCGGCCUUCAGCUCACUUUGGCCUCUAAAUCAUCUCAUAAACCUGAUUUUGUUCUGCAUUAUUUCCAUGGCCGGUGUUGGAAUUGUGAGUCAAUGAACGGGGAAACCUGAGGGGAAAGGCUUACUACUUCUUUUUGUUGCUGCAUGACACACCCUGCAGAAAGGGAAAUGGAUGAAAUGUGUGUAUCUGUGUGUUUUGUGCGGGUGUGAAGAUGUAGAAACGGUUGAAAGGAGAGGUUACAUCUUUCCCCUUUCAACCUUCUUUCUUCUGUGUGCGUGUGUGUGCUCCACGUCCUGUCUCUUCUUGUCCCUUCACCCACUUGUUGCCAGUCAAGUUUGUCCUCCUGUCAACAUGCAUUUCCUUUCAAAAUAAAAGUUCUUACAAUUUUUAAUAUUCUUGUUUUUGCAACCCUCUUUGUCUAGUCUCCAUUUUUUCCAUCUUUCUCGGUUAGAUUUUUCUUUCUUUGCUCACUUUUGACUUCAUCACCCAACCUUCAGGAUGCUUUUUUAAACUUUAUUUAUGGUGACUGGUAUAAUGGGAAAUUACCCUUUCAAAACACACAUUCUUUCCUCCCGAGGCCUAACUCCACCGCACAAGAAUGAGUCAUGUCUUGCUAAAUCUGCUCAUCUUUUUGGCUGAAACAGACCCAGAUAGUGUUUAACUAACUGUCCUGCUCUUAUCAAGGAGGGUGGUGUGCAUUUUGUUUCUGACCUUCUGAUUUUUAACUCUUACGUGUUAGAAUUUUCUGCAUUUCAGCCCCUAAGUGAUCUAGUUUUCGAGGUGUUAAAGCCCUUUAUGCAUAUACUUCACUCCUGUUUUUAGCACCAAUUACUCUCUGAUUGUUGCGAUGAUUUUCCUCGCUUGGUUUAGCAUCCAGAGCUAGUAUCCUCUCUCCCUUUUCACCCUCUUUCCUCUCUCUCUCUUAUAUAUUCUGACACUGCUGCUAUCAGGUUUUGAUUUUUCAUGGGGGCAACGAAGAAGGAGGACAAGAAGGGGGGCAUUUAGGUUUCUUUUGUUCCUAGGAUUAUUUGUUCCUUUAUUUAUUAUAUUUUUUCUGUUUCCCUGACGACUUCUGUGUGUUGUUGUCAGUCUCCACGGUAACCACUCGCUGUUUCUGCGGCAACGGUAAGUUGUGUACAAACAUCUAUCACUGAACUGAUCCCCUACCCCACCCCUAAAAUGAGCCUUAAGUACAGUAAUGUGAGCGAUAUUAAAGUGAAGAUACAUGAUUAUUCUGUCAAUCUGAUGAGUUUUAUUUUGAAGGGCUCACGUAGACAGCUGUUAUGUAAUGUUACAGAGCACUACAUCGCACAGCGCAGCAUCACAGGGCGCACAGACAGACAGACAGACACAGCAUCUUUCAACAGAUUGGCUCUUUUAACAGUAAAUUACCCUCCACAUGCCCCCCCACUACCAUCACCAUGUCAUUAACACCUCACUGGGAAUCACCGAAUGUAAUCACCCUCCUCUGUGCAAUGACACGGCUGUCCACAAUCCAUCUGAUUAAUUCUCCAUCAGACUCGAUAUGUGUAGUAUUUCAUUGUCCUGAUUAAUUAAAGAAAACAAUCAACAGAAAUGAUUUGAAGCUUUGCUGCCAACAGUUGCUUUGACUGAAUGCGGACCUGAGCUGCAGGGCAAAUAAUGCUGCUCUGAGUUAAAAUCUUUCUAUCUUUUUAAUAUGCCUGCUUUCAAAUAAGUGCACAUUUUAGCCAGUGACAAAAUGUGCAUUUGAUAAUCCUGUAUCCAGGCUUUUGACUAAUGUGACAUGUUUUACAACGUGGUUUGCAGAGGAUGCAGAGAUAUUUUACCUAAAGGCCAGUUCAGACCAAGAAGACUUAACCCGUGGAAGCACAUGAACUACUGAUGUAUUAACGUGCAAAACACAAUAAAAUAGAAACUUGUAAUUUUAUAAAUGUAGAUGAAUUGAUUUACUGCAAAAUAAAAGUCAUCAGAAAGUAUUUUCGAGGACAGCAACAUUUAGACAGGAGAUUGAUUACGGUAGGAACAGGAGGGAGUUUUUGUGUAUCUCAUAGAAUCACAUCAGUGUAAAGGUCCUUUCACACCGGGGCCGACAUGAAUAUAGAACGCAAAAGUACGUCGCUGAUGUGAACGCUUGUAUUGACAGGAUACGGGUUCGGAAAAAAUAUUGACGUCCGAAAUAAUCGCACAAAAAAAAAACGCUCCCGGUGUGUAAGGACCUUCAGGCUGCAAAAUGAAGUCAAUGCUCCUUGAAUCUGCAGUUCCUUGAGUGGCCACUUGAGGCUGGCUCCAACAACGAGUCAGCCCUCAUACACCCCACUGAUACAAGAGUCAGUCCAAACAGCAGGAUUAAACUUGUUUACCUUGUUAAACUUAAAUUACUUUAAGGCUUCAUUCAAUACUAUAUAUGGGAUGCUGUGGUGUUGUGCUUGCUGUCCUUUGAAGUUAAUAUUGGAAUUAAAAACACAUAAAUAAACCAUAAAUAUUGUCCUAAAAUAUCAUCCAAGAGGUCUGUGCUUCAAAUUUGGCAAAAAGAAAAUCAAAUAUUUAAGACACUAGUGUUUUCUAUUGCCAGUUUACUGGUUUUGGUGCCUGUGCUUUACUAAUUUGCCCAAGUCCACCUACCUGUCCAAAAUUCUUCCCUUAGGGUUAAAAAAAAUCCUCAUGGCUGCGCAGACCUUAACGCUGUAAAACUGUUGUAGAAAAGUACAUGUUGAAGUGUUUUUAGAUCAUUGCAGACAGGUAUAUAGAAAGCAAUGGUGCCCUUUGAUUUGUCUUUGGUCUGAGCUGGCCUUAAGAGGCAUUUCCCCUGCAGAUACUCACUAAAACAAACUGUUCUUUUGCAGAACGAUAAAAUAUUUCUGCAGGGAUCUGUUUGCUUGUUAAUGUCUAAAAUAACAGACUGUAUAGGAACUGUGCUCAUUUAAUGAAAAAGCUAAUGUUGUGUGACCAUAUGCAUUUCUGAACCGAUAUGGGGUUUACCUUAUUGUUUGAUUUGGGUCUCUUUUAUGCUGCCAUUUUGUUAUUUUUCUCUUUUUUGGUUUGGUUUUCUUGUAGUGGAUUGUCUGUGUACGAGUAGUCGUAGUAGUCGUAGUCGUAGUCAUAGUGUACUGGUCUCAGUUUGUGACACACAGUUCUAAUGCCUGGCAACGUGUCUCAUGUUUAUUUUAUUUCUCUCCUUUUUUGGGAAUGAGGACUGCUCUCUCUUUCUCUCUCUCUCCCGCUCUCUCUCUCUAUCUCUCCCCCUCUCUCUCUCUCUCGAUCUCUCCCUCUCUCUCUGCUCCCCCUCCAUCUUUUGGUGCUCUGUUUCUCAACCCACCACAUAAAAUGAGAUUUUCAGGAGAAUGGUCACCAAAUCUAAUUGCUUUAUUUGAAUGAUGCACCUUGGGAUAUAUGUUUUGUUUUAUACAGUAAUUGUUAUCAGUUUUUUUACUGUGUGUGUUGCUCAUGUAAACUUUCUUCCCUUUUUUUUCCCUUUCUUCACUUCAUCUUUACGUUGUCCUGAUUUGUUUUGUAAAUGGACUGGCUCUGUCUCUCUCCUCCUCACCUGCAUCCCUUCCUGAUUCGUCCCAUCUUUGUCUCGUACAUGUUCGAUGUGGGAGUGCUGCGAUCGUUUUGAUUGGUCUCUAUGCUGCAUCCGAUGCUUGCUGAUUGGCUGAAUUUUUUUCUUUAUACUUUUUUUGAUUUGUUACUCACUCUUGGUCAUGUGAUGCGCCCAUAUUUGGCUGCGUGUAAUUUCUGUGUUACAUGAUUAUUAAUUUUGUCAAAGAAAUGUUUUUGCACCCCCUCUUUCUCUCCCUUGUGUUUUGUUUUUAGUUUUUUUUCUUUUAGGUAUGUAAACCUCACAAGUUUGGUUUCAUAUGGAAAUGUGACUAUUUUAUCUGGGGUUUAUUAUUCUGGCUGCACUGGGAGGACAGAGGCGGGAUUAAAAAGGCUGACUUUGUUUACUUUCAAAACUGAUUUUUGCCCUCCAUAUGCUGUUAAUUUGCAUGUACUCCUAUUAACCAAUUUACAGCGGUUACACUUACACAACAUAAAAAUAGAUAUGCAACCAACACACAAAAAGACACAUUAAAUGAUCCUGUACAACAAGGGUGUAAUGCAAUAGGAUGCAAAACAAUUUGAUAAGAAGCAGUACAUUCCAUUGAGAUAGGAUGCUAUCUGUACAGUAAGAUACCAUUUAAUAGGAUAAGAUUUGGUAUAAUUAGAUGCAACAGAAGCUAAAAGUUACAAAAGAGCACAAAAUGUGAUAUGAGUAAUGUGUGAUGUGUUAUGAGUAAAUACCAUUCGUUGCAUCAAGUUAAAAUAUGGUACAAUUUGGCAAGAUAGAACAUGUGAUAUGAUACAAUAAAAAACAAUGCAAGAUAAAGGACAAUAUAAUAAAACACAUAAUGUACUACAAUAUGAGAAAAAAUAGAGUGAAAUACAAUACAGUACCAAGUGAUACUCUGUUGUGAUGCAAUUCAGUACAAUAUGCUAUGACGAAGUAUUGUGGGAUACGCCAGAAUAUGAUAAACUACAGCACGAUACAGUAUAAUACAAUAUAAAAUGCUUUAAUAUGAAAAAUAUGUUGUAAUAUGACACAAUAGAAUACAAUAUGAAACAAAAUAAUAUUAUGGAGUAUGAGAAGAUACUUUAAAAGACAAUACUUACUGAAACAUGAAAAUAUAUAUCAUACAAUAUGGUGUGACAUGAGACAAAAUAAUAAAUGAUAUGAUACAGCAUGAUACAAAACAACACAAUAAUAUGCAAUACGAUUAAAGAUGUGUAAGUGUCAUACGAUAGGAUAUGAAACCCUACAAAAUAAUAUGAUAUAAAAUGAUGUGUUAUGAUAGAAUAUGAUACUAGAUGAUGCAAUAUAUGUGAUGAUACGGUAUGAAUUAAUGCAAUACAAAAUGAUCCGAUACAUGAUAUGUAUGAUGUGACACGAAAAAAUAGGAUGUGACAGGAUAAGAUGUUAUGAUACAAAAUGAUACCAUCAGAAACAGUAUGCCAUGUUCUGGUAUGAUAGGAUAUGUUAUGCUUUGACAUGAUACAAUACAUACAAUACAAUAUGACACUAUAUGAGACCAUACAUUUUGAUACAGUAUGAUAUUAUAGGAUACAACACAAUAUAAUAAGGUACAGUCCAAAAUGAUAUAUGAGAUGAGAUGAUACCCCCAUGCCCUCUGUAGACAAGUUAUCCUCUGUGACUUGUGUGCUGACUGCAUUUGCAGCUUUCACAGUAGACUUCAGGAAAAGCAGAGUCCAAGCAUAUGGAGAGAAGCAACCACGAAGAACGUACACUAUCCUGCGCAUUACCCAUAGUAAACACAUUUAGUUUAAACCUUAAAUAUUUCUUACUGUUUCAUUGACAUAAAAGAUUAAAUAAAGUCUAGAAGGAAAAAACCACAUCCAUACACAUUUUAAAAAGGUCUAUGCUUAAACACUUGUGGUCUGCUGUAUCACAGAGCUAGCCAUGCUAGGCUAAUUGAAUCACUUGCCACUGACCUUGUCAUUUUCGCAAUGAGGGAAAAAUGAGGUAAACCUGAUUUCCAUGUAAAUGAAGCUUAGCAGAUAAAGAACAUGACUCAUUGAGGGAUGCAGUGAGAGUCCAGGACUUAAUGGUCUUCUGAAUGGGGAGGACGCGUGUUUGAGCACACUCUCAUUCCUCUGUCGCUCUCGCGCACACACACACACACUCACACACACACUUUCCCUUCAUCCAGCCAAAAGGUCAUUAAUCUAUGGCUCACCAUGUAGCGCCGUGACAGCACACUUGGACCGGUGGGGUUAUUACCGAGACACAAUCUCCUUCUCUUAAAGCCCAUCAAAGGAAGAUGAGGAGAGAUCAAGAGAGCAGAGUGUGAGCCUUUGAAGCUCAGAGAGAAGAUUAUCAGCCAUCUUAGGCUGAAAGCCCCAGCAUAAGACUGAAAUAUCAGCCUGCAUGCACAGAGCAUGCACACAUCAUUACAAAAGUAGUCCACAACACUUACACCUCUGCUGUGCAUGCAGAAAACAGGCACAAAGCACAGCCCGGCAACUCUAUGUGUCAUCGCAGCAGCAAUAUAACCACUGUCACCCAUGGCAGCUCCACGAUGAAUCACCAAAUGUCUGCGGGCUGCUUGCCUUUAAUUGCAUGAUGACUGAAAACCCCCUUAACAGCCUGAACCACACAACUCCAGACACACACACACACAUACACACGUAGAAAAAGAGCUUUUGCAAGGGUUUAAAUUUUGGAUUAAAUAAACAGUACAAUAGAUUAAAAAAAGUCAAAGUAUGAAACCACUAAAAAUCUAAAACGAGAACAAAGCUAGGACAUUUUAUUUUCGGUUACCAGUGAAAUCCGAGGUGCACCAAAAAGUGUAUUAAAAAUGGAGGCAGUAGUAUUAUGAACACAUAAAUCAGACAGUGUUGCUGUAAAAACAGACCUUUAAAUCAGCCUUGUGAUUUAGCUCUGUGUGUUUCCCCUGCUGUGUCUUUGUGUGUUGGUGUGUUUGCGUCUAACUGUCUGCCCCUCUGUCCCCAGGUGAAUAACGCCACCGCCAGGGUGAUGACUAACAAGAAAAUGGUCAGCCCCUACCCGAACGGAGAGGCCCUCAGCACACUGCCCUAUGGUAACGAUAACAAGCACACACACACACUCACACACACUACUGCCUAGUAAUAUAAACAGGACAUGUGCACACAGGCAGAAUAAAACAUCUUAAAGCCAAAACAUGGAUGAGUUUUAGUGACAUGGAUUCCUGUAGGGGCGUCAUGAAGUUAAAUGAUGGCAAUGGUGGGUGCCUCGUUGGAAACGUUGCUUUAUCUAAUUUAGAAACAAGCAAAGAGCAUUUCUCCAUGUGUCAUCAUCUCUUUUAAGGAGACGAAACUGCCCUUUAAGGCCUAAAUGAAUCAUGCGCACCAGUAACAGACACAGAUUACUGUGAGUGGCAGUGCGAAUUGUGUUUGUAAUAGGACUGUCAAAGUUACUACAUCAGAAACGCGAUUCCUUUCAACGCCACCAUUUUUUUUGACACACAAUUACGGCAUGCACAUUCUGUGACUAUGACCCUCAGCCGUCCUGUUUGAUACCGAGAAGCUGUGUGGAGUGCAGGCAGAAACAAAUCUAAAGAGAAAAUGGAAGCUCAGUUAUUAUGGACUAUUCUCCACAUCUUCCAGAACCCGAAAAUCAAUGAUGCUGAGCUGCCAUGGAGUCUUGUGGGGCCCAUUAUGGAACGUUAUAGCUAGAGUUGAUCCGUGUGUGUGUUAAAUCACUGAUGCACAAAUGUACGUCAACUAUCCAAGAGUGUUUGUAAACAACAUUUAAGUACCAGACUCAAGGUAUUAAACUGCCAGGAUGUCAAGAUUCCUAAAUGCAGUCUCAUACCUGAAUCAUUCUCUGCUGCUGUGGUGAUCACACCCAAGUUUUGGAUCUUGACAUUCAUGUAAGAACCCACAGGAUUGAGGCUAGUUUGCUCGCCAAAUCAGGCAUCAUUAGGAUAUAUUAUGAUGCAUUCAAGGUCGGCUCUGAAAAAUUGUAAAACUAUUGGCUGUAGAUAAAUAAAACUUCCACAUGAUGUGUUUAAAUGUCACAGAAAGAACAAGGAAAUUCAUGUUUGGUGAGAAACUGAAAGAAAAGUGUUUCACUGAGAUUUUGGCUUCCCAGCAAUCUGAAAGAGAUGUUACCUAAUACUAUAGUAUUAAAAUCUGUUCAGUUAACCAACAAGAGCUCCAGUGAGUUUAAAAUACACAUUUAAAAAUACUGAUGCCAUAUUUUCAGACCAAUAAAAAAGAGAGUGUAUUCAUACACUACCAUUUUGAUAAGAGUACUUAAAUUUACACAUAAAGGUGAUUACAAAUGUGUGAUUAAUUAAUGCAGUUAAUCAUGAUUUUAAAACUGGAUCAUUUGGCAGCCCUAGUUUGUUUUUAACAGUACUGUGUAUGUUGACAUGUUGGACAGUAGAUUUUUUUUAACUGCCCAUUUUAACCAUCCCUUUUUAUGUGAUCCUCAGCGGGCUGGAAACUGAGUCCCAUGGUGGGGGCUGUCUACGGACCUGAGCUGUAUGCAGGUGAGGCUUGUCUCCCUUCCCUUGUCAUGCUGGAAACCUGCUGCAACCUACUCACAGUCCAAUCCUUAAUUUAUAUUAAUGCUCUGCUGGAGCUCUGCAGUUCUCCACUCUGACACUUUUAUUGAUAUGAAGACCUGAAGGCAGUAGUUGAAUUACUCCUGCUCCCUCUUUGCUUUAUCUAACUUCACCCUGAGCCACCGUCCAUCAUAUUUUUCCAUUCACGUUGACCUUUUCUCACCCAAAAUGUGCUGCUUUUUCUCAAUAUAUCCCUCCUUUUCUUCACUUGCUUCCUUCCCCCCUUCAGUUCCAGGGUUUCCAUACCCUUCUGCAGCAGCAGCAGCCACCACAGCAGCUGCAGCUUUCCGUGGCGCCCACCUCAGGGGUCGAGGCCGACCCGUGUAUAGCGCUGUGCGGGCUGCCGUGCCUCAGCCCGCCAUCCCUGCUUACCCUGGGUAAGAAAGAUAUCAAGGUUUAUUAAAGAGUUGUUGACCACACAUGCUUUGAAGUAGGGCUGGACGAUACAGAUGACAAAAAUGAUCUCUUUAAUUUUCAACCUCUGGCAAUAUGCCUCAUUUUAGUUGAUAUAUUACAGGUAUAAAAAUUAAUUGAAAAUUCACAACUUAACUGGCUUUCUAACAAUUUCAACAGUGAUCUUUCCACACCUAAUAUUCCACAGAAAUCCAAUUUCCUCUAGGUCCUAAAUCAUGUAAUCAUAAUCCAUAAGAAACCAUUAUUAAAGCAGUUUCAGGUUAAAUAUUGGUGCUUCUCUCAUUCUGUUUAGUUAACAGGAUGUCUAGUAAGAGGAACAGAGUGCUGAGCUGCUUGUAAUAUCCAUUUAAAAUUCAACUCCUUUAAAAUUCAGUUAUUUUAAUAUUAAACUGUAAAAAAAAACUUUGCUAACAAUGAGUGAUCUGAUGAUUCUUUUGACAGACACAGGAUAUCCAGUAAGAGAGCUGCCUUUGACAUCCACAUACUAGAACCUGUGUUAUUGUUUAUAUAGUUUGAAGCCAAUUGCUUUAAACACAAACAUAUACAUAGUCCAUUCACCUUUUAGUGUCAAUUUGUACUCUGUACUUACAGCUUAACUAAUAGCUGCUCUCAUCAUUAUUAGCUUUUUUUUACCCAUGAAUAAAGUUCUUCUUAUAUUAUCAAUUUCUAUUUUUCAUAAAAGUGGAAGGCGUAAACUUGUACAGCAGCUCAAACAACAUGUAGUAACUAUAUGAAAUCAGAAAACUUCUCCAAACUUUUUGAAUUACAUUAGUUUUAAAUGAAGAAAAAAAUAAGCACUCAUAUAAGAGCAGUGUCAAAGAAAUCUGCAUUUUCAUAAUGUUUUUGGCAUGUACUGGCCACAGGUUGAGCAGUGAGGGGGCUGCCAGCUGAGCUACCACUUAAGAUUAAUAGACUUCAUUUUAACAGUGUCUUAAAUAUUGAAAUUUACUUUAGAUCCAGUCAAAGAACCACAGACUUAUUGGCUUUUAUUAAUAUUUAUGUUGUGAGAGGCUGUUUCACAUAUCUACAUAGCGCAUAAAUACUCAUGUCCAUUAUUGCGUUUAACAUAAAUGUUCAUGUCUCUCCCCCUGUCGAGAUCAUUUAUCGCCCAGCCUUACUUUGAGCUGUCCCUAAUCAUCUGUUUGUGUUUUAUAAAACACAUUUUAGACGUACAGGAAGUCAAGAUGAGUAGUAUUUCUGUUCAGAGCCUGGUGGAUCUAUUGAGGAAAACCAUUUCAGAGUCAUUUUCUGCACAGUGUUUGACCAGGUCUCAGUUUAAUAUAGCUGUGCUCAUACACUCGAACAUCAGUCACACUUCACUCCCCUCAGCGGUCCAACUGGCACAUUGUCAGUCAGCUCACAAGCUAUUCAGCCGAGUAUGACGCACUAAUGGGAUUGCACCAUUUGAAGGCUCAUUUGAAUAAACACACAUACCAGCAAUGGAGGAUUUGAAUAAACUUGCACACGCACUGACAUACACACACACACACACACACUUACACAGCAUGCAGUCAUUAUGCAGAAAGAGCCACCCUGCACACACAUUCACUCCAAAUCAUCCAUGUUCACUGUGUUUUUUUUUUUUUAUGUGUGUGUUUGUACUGUGCAUGCGGUUGCUGUGCAAUGCUGAUUGGCUAACAGGGUUGUGACUGCUGCGAUCAAAGCAGAAUCGAUUGGUUAAUGGCCCCUGCGGCUGUGAUGACAUUGGGAUAAAGUAAACAAGAUGAAACUGGGGGGCUGCAGGAAAUACCCUCUCAAUAUGUGCUCCACUAAAAACAGAAAAAGAUCAUUCAAAGUAACCUUUAUUACCUCGCUGGGGAACAAUCGCACUUUAUGGUCUCAUUUUAGCUCAAUGGACUUAACUCACAAUCCCCAAGAGUCUUUUGUUUUAAUGUUAAGGUUUCUUUCGUGGAGCUGUAAUGGGAGUUGUAUUUCCUCUGCAUGCUGCAUGGGUGUGAAAUAACUACUUUUUCUCUCUCUCUUGUCUCUCUCUCCUCUUUUUUACUAUAUUUUUUUUAAUUUUUUCCUUUUGCUGUGUUGUUUCACUGGUUUUGGGUUUUGUGCACCACUCCGUUUGCACCCCCCUCCCUCCCUCCCUCCUUCCCUUUCUUCUUCUCUCAGUGUGGUGUAUCAGGAUGGGUUUUACGGCGCUGCAGACUUAUAUGUAAGUAAACUCACCUCCCACAGACACACCUUCCCGUCCCUCACACCCUUUUUCUCCUGCUCCUUUUUUUUCCUCCUCUUGGGGUUGAUUCUGCAUGUGCGUCUGGUCAUGCGCUGCACAGAGCUGCAAAAAAAAAAACACAAAAAAAACCCACUGGUACUUACAAAACCCUACAUGUAGAGAGGUUACUGUUGUGCCAAAAUGCACCUUAGCAUAAAAUUGAGAAAAAUAGGUUGUAUUGAUUAAAUUUCCCUCCACUUAAAGGCUGCUCUGUGGGCGGAUGCGGCAGUGUGCUUCAUUGUUGGAGUUUGUGAGCGUUGGAUCAAGAGUAUGCAUGUGUAUGUGUGCGUGUGUAUGUGUGUGUGUGUGUGUGUGUGUGUAUCCAGGUUGACAACAGUUGUUUCUGUUCUCUCUAUAGACUAGUGUUUCAGGACUCAGUCCUUAGUCCCAGAUUGCCUCAGGUAGGGUCAACUCAACACCAAACCCACAGUGUGCAUUAUUGUUUUGACUGUAACACCUCCUCUGAUCUUAUGAACCACCUUCUGAUCUGAUCUGACCUGGAACAUUUUCCUAUUAGUCAUUUGAAGACAAAAAACUACCACUGCUUUGAAUUAUUAUUUUUCUACUAACUCUCUGAAAUGUGUGCAGUAUUUUCCCAACUGCGGUCAAGGGCUUUGUUUGUUUGUUUGUUUACUAAACAACUAAAUAUAGCGAGGGUAAUUUUUCUUUGGCCCUGUUUACUCCUGUUGUUGCCAUGCAUCCUGAGAGAGCCGAUCACAGGAGGAAGACUGAUAACGGUUAUGAGAAGAAAUAUAGCUCUGGACUUAGUGCUUGCAAACACAUGGCAUAAAUUUGAGGAGGAAUCAACAAAUAAACUCAAAUCCUGUGUGGAAACGAUUUAGGUAGAGACAGUAUGUUUAUUUUUCGACAUGGGAGGAUUCUGCACAUGGAGUAUAGCCAACAAGCACUUCAUCAGUGUUCAUUGUAAUGCAACUCAGAGAGAAUACACACAUUGCAGAAAGGAGAGGAGUAAUGAGCAUCAAAGGAUCUUUAUCUUUGCUCCGGUCUAUUUGAAAGUUCAUACACUUUCCUAAUUAAGAAAAAGUCCAAUCAGCAUCAAAAGUUUUCACUCAUCCUCCCUCUGUGUUUUGAAAGACUCAGCGUCUUAUUUAUUGAUCAAUUCAAGUGUGUUAUACACGUACAAAGACAGUCGAGGCUUCAUGUUCAGUUCUUUUAAAGUUGAAACGCUGAGUGAACUAUUUACAAAAACAGACUUUGAUGGUUUGCAAAUAAUUUAAACUCGAUGUUUAAUUGAAUGGCGCAAAGUCUACAUCUCAAAUGUUUGACCUGAAAAACUCUCCGGUGUUAUAAAAUAAAACAAACCGGGCAAAGAGACUGCAUGAGCAAACAGUUCAACAGUUUACAGAGUAAUAGGGUGAGUGGAUAACUGUUCUGUGGUUCGGUGAAUCAGAAUUUGACUCAGUUUUUGGAAACCAUGGACACAGCAUUUAGUCUGUAAAAAAGAGGCGAGGGACCACCCAGCUUGUUGUAAGCACAUAUCUAAAAGACAGCCUCCAUGAUGAUAAGGGGACGCCUAUGGAUCCAUGGUAUUGGUAGCUUAUAGGGGUGGGAGAAAAAAUUGAUUCACAUAAGAGUUGCGAUUUUUUGUUUUACAAUUUUUAAAUCGAUUUAUUUUUCAAAAAUCGAUUUUUUUUUUUCAAAUGCAAGAAUAAAUCUUAAAAACCGACUCACAUGUGAUGUGUAUUUUUUGAGGAAAUAUGGUUCCUGUAAUAGUCAGUAGACAAUCAUAAUCAUUCAAUUGUUUCACUGAUGUUAAAAAUGCAGACUAAAGAUUGAGAAAAUCAACAAUAUCAUGGGAUUGCAAUUUAAAUCGAAUCAGCAUCCAAAAGAUCGUAGAAGAAUUGAAUCGGGGGAAAAAGCAUAUCAUCCCAGCCCUAGCAGCUUACACACCUGGGAACACACUGUGAUUUUGACUAUAUGUUCAUGGAUCAGAGUAACAUGUGCCGUCAUCCAGAUAGAGAUCUGUAGGAAAAGAGUCCAGGCGCUGGACUGGUCUUGGUCUUGCGGUGCUGACUUGUUAAAUAAAUGGCAGCAUCAUGAAAUAAAACAGAGGAUUGUAAAGAUUUGUAAACCACCCAAAAUCUGUUUUUACAGCCUAGAAUCAGGGUUGUAUUUGCAUGUAGAGUGUGGAGGUGAGAUUCAUCCAAUAACAAAAAUGACAAGUGGUCUCUCUCAGGUGUAAGCACAUUUUAACAGCAGGCGUGAACAGCUGCACUGAGCGCUGACGGUCUGUGAUCGGAGGAUGUAUGUUAAUACCAGGUGUAAACGGGCCCAUUCUCUCAGUAUGAUGGAGAGAAAACCUGGUCUCUUUUCAGCUUGAUUACAUUUGAAAGAGAAAGAAACCCAUCUUUAUUUGAUCAACAACACCGGCUUUAUAGAAGAGUAAAAGACCUCACUGUGUAACUUAUGACUCAACACGUAAAAGCAUAAUUUCUUUCAGAUUAUAGGCUGCUGUUCUUAAGAAAAAAAGCCCAGGAUCUGAGAAACUCUAAAAAUAAAAACCUUAAUUUCUGAAUUAACACUUUCCCCUCAGGAUGAUAACUAAAGCAUGUGCUGAUCAGCUGCUGCAUGCAAACAUACUGUAUCUCUGCCAUCUGCUUACCCAGAAGGCUUUGCUCUCUCCCUCUAACAACAUAAUCUCCUUUUUCGAGGACGCUCAGGUGUUUCUGUCUUGCUGUGCUCUGUUCUGUCCCCAUCCAAAUGCAGUGGUGGUGUGUUUUGUAAUUAUGUGUUUAUUUUCGGAGUAGGUUUAAUUUGGGUUGUGUGCAUGCUGUGUCAGUGUGAGGAGAGGAUUUCUAAGACAGUAAAGGCUUGUGUGGGUGGGUUUGUGUGUGACUUUAUUUCCCUCUCUUUCUUUUUUUUCUCUGUCUCCUCAAUCUGCUUUAAAGAACACAAAUGAAAAUAACAGAAUAUCACAAACAUGUCUGCGCCAGAACUUCUGGUAACCGUUGGUGUCAAACUAUCCGUGUUUUCCUCUCUUUCCCGAUGAGUUUUCUAUUUGUGUGAUAACUGUUAUCCACUGUUUCCCCUCCCCUCUCUCCUGUAGUAAUAAUUAAACAAUCUAACUUUAUACCCACAGUCUGAUUUCUCUUUUUCUGUCUCACUGAUAGUCCAUUCUUGUCCCAAAUCCAACCCCACUACUCCUCCUCUUUCUCCUGUACAGAAAUGCAAUAUACUGACAAACAAUCUUUUGUGAAUGUUGGACAAGAAAAUUAAAGAAAAAGAAGAAAAUACUCUUAGAAAUGCAUUGAACCAUUAUUUUUUUGUUCAGAGUAAAAUGAAAUCCAGAAUAAUCCUGUAGCAGGUACCACAGCACACAUUUUGGGGUCAUAGUGGAGUCCAUGCCUCAGCAGGUCAGGACCAUAGACUGUAUAUAGAAUGGACGCCGUCUGCCUCCUCGCUGGGUGAAGUCACCGUGAGAACAGCACCCUCUGGUGAUGGGCUGCAGUAUAGGUCAUAAAUCCCGCCUCCGCCAGCUAUCCCUAUAGAGCUGUGGACAAAUUUUAGAAAUUGACACAGAACAUAAAUUUUCUCCCCCCUGUUCAUGAUGUUGACACGUAGUUACUGUAAGACUGGUUUGUGCUCAAGUCCUCUUUUUUUCUGUGAAGCUCCAUUUUUAAAAGUUAUGAGGGGGUUCAUGUUUUCUAUGAUUGACUCUUGGUACAGCCUAUAGGCGUACGAAGAUUGCGUAACUCAUGGGGGGGAUACGUGGUUUGAGCUGAGCGUCAUCCCAGCAACUCUUUGUGACUCUACCACCGAAUGCGUACAACGCUACUGCGCAAUGUUGGUUUCAGGAAAUGAAGAAAAAUCGCGGAAAUACCGAGAGCUUUUCGGCUUCAAAUCUGUAUACAUGUAGAAGGCGGAACAAAGUUGUCCAUAGUAUAUACAGUCUAUGGUCAGGACAGUUAAACAAAAAACAAAUAUUAGGCAGCUGGUUAUUAUGUUACAAUUGAUACUGAGACUUUUAGUUUCACGUGUCAGGAAUACAGGAAAAUGUGAAUGAAAAUAGAAGAAAAUUGUAACUUCUAUUGAAACAAAGGAAAUAAAAAGGUACACUCCACAAAUUCUAUUUUUUUUUUAAUUAAAGAUAACCUAAGAAUUAUUAUAGUUUGAAAACAAAAUUAGUCGAAAAUAAACAGUGGUAAUAGUCCAAUAAUAGGUAGAUUAGAUACAAAAAAGGUUCUAAAGUUUUCAAUUCUUUGCUCAUGUAGCUUUUCUCUGCACUGAAAUGUCAGUAUAUUCCAUUUCCACAGUAGCCCCGCCUCCCCUGUACUCACACCUUGGCUCAGGUGUCCUCAGUGUCAUGUUCUCUGACGUUUGUGUCUUCUUUGUGCGUGUGUGUGUGUGUCUCCAGGGAGGCUAUCCCGCUGCUGCCGCCGCCGCUGCUGCUGCCUAUCGCUACGCUCAGCCGGCCGCUGUAACCGGAGCAACUGCCGCUGCCGCCGCCUACAGCGACAGGUGAGGUCUACCCAGAACACACGCGUUCACAGAUACGCCGCUGUGCAGCUCCGCUGUAGAGACAGAGACUAUACAGAGGAAUCCAAGGUCGAUGCAUUGUUCUAGCAGAGGGGGAUAUUUGAGGACAUUCACGUUCAAUGAAGCUGCACUAAUGGAGGAUGAGAUGAGAAUGAUAAAAGCUUAGCUAACAGUUUUUUAAUGUGGAUAGCUGCAGCACAAGAUUCACCUGAAAUGCUCCGUGGUCUCGUCAAGAAAUUAAAUUAGUCCUCAAAAAAAGGGAAUAUGUUGAAGAUUACAGAGUCUGAUUGUGAAUUUUAAGUCAUAUUCUCCGGAGCACUAGUUUGUUUUUCUUGUAAAUAAGAAACCACUCAACAAAUGCACCCCACAGCGCCUGCUCUGUAUUGAACUACGGCUCCUGUCAGUUAAACUCUUUGUAGUGCAAGAAAACAUGAAAGAUCAAAUCUGAGCUUUGCACAGUGGAUUCUUCAAGUUGUCAUGAAACCAGAAAUCUUCAUGUCAACAACUGGGAUGUUUUUUUUUUUUGUUCUUUUUUUGUUCCUUUGGUUUUUACCCUGGUAAAUCUUGUAAAUGUGAAAACAGAUCACAGGCUUCAACCUGCUUUAAUGUGAUGACUCUACGCUGUAGCUGUGCGAUAACCGCCUAAACCAGAGUGACCCCUCAAACUUUGAAGUUUCUGUGCAAUACUCUAUGAAAUCUAGUUGGCAAAUACAUGCUCGAUUUAUCCACAGUUUGUUUGUUUGAAGCCAUGGCGGCUUUAUCUGAGAGUCUGAUGUUAAAGCAGCAGUUUGUAAUGCUGGAAGUAUGAUGGGAGAUGUUGAAGUAUGUUCUUUCAAACAUGUCUUUCAUCUUAAUGAAUUAUUUGUUGUGUUUGUGUUUGUGUUACCAGUUACGGCCGUGUGUACACUACAGACCCCUACCAUGCUUUAACUCCAGCUGCUGCUGCUUACGGAGUCGGAGCCAUGGUGAGAAAAACUUCCUCAAACUCUACAAAACAAAGAGUUUGAUGAUGCACAAAAGUCACGAAAGUUGAAGUCUUGAAGUCAUCACAGCACUGGAUGCAACACUUAACCUGCUAUUAAAAAAAACAAGCACCCUGUUGAACACAACCCAAAUAGUUGAUUUUAAUACAAGUGCCUCCUCAGAUAUCAAGGUUAAGGAUUUCAGGUUAGCUUCUGGAGUGGCUGAUCAGAAUUCAGUGCACAGGAAGAACUGACAACAGACUGAACAUUGUAAUUUCAGGGUCAAGUUAGAACUUAAAUCAAACUGAACAUUUCCAACAAAGUCUUCAUAAGACAAGAUAAACAGGACUUCAUAAAUGAGGCAAAUAUCACUCUUGCUAUCACUUCUGCUUCUUAUUGUUUAGGUAAGUUUGCAGAGAUCAGUAACUAUGAGAUGCUCUGCUGCUGUGCUGCUCCACUUUAGUUUCAGCAGAGAUGUUUGGGGCCCUGGAGCUCCUCAGGCUGCUCUUACAUCUGAACCUGCUUACUAUCAUUAUUUGCUCCCUCUUGAGACCAGCCUGAGAUGGAAAUUAACAUUUUUUCUACAUCUCGGCAGAGGUGAAAUGUGCUGGACUCUUUUCUUUUCUGCGGGUUGAUUUGAAAUAGCAUGUGGCACCACUGUUGCUAUUGACAGUUUAUCGAUGUUUCACAGGGUUUCGACCAAUCAAAAUCAAGUAUUUAGCACAGCUGGAUAAUAGGAAAGUUUUCUAAUUUUUUUCCUUAGUAUGCUACUACAGCACAGCUCUUUCUUCAUGCUGUCCACAAUCCUAGAAUUUAGGAAUAUGAGGGCAGCAACAUGGUCCAUAAAUCCCUGAUUAUGAGUGUUUUAUGGCUAAUUGUACCCUUUAAAGAUGUUAUUUACAGCCGUUACUUCAUUUUUCCUGGUUUUCUUUCCUGACCUUUUUUUUUCUGUCUCUUUCAGGCCAGUUUAUAUCGGGCGGGAUACAGUCGGUUCGCUCCUUACUAAAACCACAAAUCACACCCAAGGAAUUUCACAUCGCUCCAAACCUCCUUUUUUAAGCUCUUUGUUUGGCAGCAGCUCCCCUCCAUUGUCCUGCAGACACACUAAAACAAAAACCCAUGUUGUUUUUUCCUCUCUCUCUCUCUUUCUCUCUUUCUUUCUCUCUCUCUCUUUCUCUCUCUUUUGUGUGGAGAGAGGUCAUUUGCCACAUCAUCCGUUUCUGUGCUCUUCUGUGUGUCGCCAACGUGGAAACAAAACUGCCACGAGCGUCUCAAAGCCGGAGCCUAAAACUUUGAACUUUUGGGGCACAAUUUUGGGACGUUCUUUCCAAACACUACGGGACCGAAAAGGAGAGAGGCUGCUUGUCUCUUUGUACACCUCUUCUUUUUGUUCUGAAGUCCCUGAACUGCCCCGUUAAACCCAAUCAGACCUGCACACACACACACACACACUAAGUCGAGCUUCGUCCUUUCUUCUCAUCCUGCAUCACUUUAAUGGUACUUAUGUUUUUAAACACUACAUUGAUUUAAAGCUACAGCGUCCCUCUGGUUUGGCAACGUGGUCUAAAAAUGCACAAAAUAAUUGGACUCCUCUGAGUGGAAGAAGAUGUGGGAAUUAUUCUUGUUAUUUUUUAAAGGUUGGACAUUCAGCUGGAGGGAACCUGGGAGCUUCUGACUGACAGAAAACCACUGACUCUAAACAAAACAGCAUGGGAAUAAAUCUCUCUCUUUUUUUGUCAUUUUUAAAACUUUCCCCCAGCGUAAAAGGAAAAAAACAAAUUAAAAAAAAAAGGAGACAAGGAAAAAAACCAGUGACUUUUUCUGCAUUACCUCAGUUUUUCUUUCUUUCCUUUGUUUGCUGCCAUUUCGAAGAAGUUUCAGAGCGAAAACGUCAUUCUGGACGCCUCAAAACUGUCCAUUUCUUGCAGUGAUGGAGCCAUUCAUUUGUCCUUAUUGCUGGUCGACACAUUUCCCAUUCAUUACUGUAACUACAAAACUAAGUCCAGAUGUCAGAUCUGGUUAUUUCAGCUCCUUUACGUGCACCCAUUUUGAGAACUGAUGCCCCCCCCCUAAUCCUGGAUCUGCUCGUAGUUUCUGCUUCUCUUUCCCAAAAAAGGACCAGGCACAUUUCUCUCUCUUCUGAACCGUCACACAUUCCUGCAGAAAAAGGCUCAGAUGGACAAAGAAGCCGCGGAACACAAACAAACCAGAUUUAGACACGCAGAUCUGAAGCGGGGAGACCCACAUGGGGAACUAAUCACCUCGCCAGUCGGCCAAACGGGAUUCUCCUUCUGGCAGGUGGAGAUAUUUCUGCCAGGAGCCGCUCUGCGUCUGAUCUCCAGUCAGCAGAACAGUCGAUCUCUUCGGAUUAGAAAAACAAUGAAACAAAGAGACUGCUAUCAUGUAAUGGGAGUCUUUUGAAGUGAUGACAAUUUAUCAUUUUUUUCCUAUUUAUAUUCAUCAUUUUUAAUGUGGCAGGGAUCCUGUCAGUAGAAUUGACUGUGUAUAAAGAUGGAUGAUGGGUCUCCGACUCCUCGUGUUGUGCAAAAGUGAAGCCAAAUACCCCCCUAGUGAUGCUCUCUGACAUCAUGUACAGGUUACAUGGAGCUGAUAGAGCUGAGCCCCUCCUCUCCUGAUACCAUUAUUUAAAUUACAGUUACAGUAUGAUGGAUAUUCAAGUCGUCACUGUCCACAGCAGAGAAGAAGCCUGUGUCAGCUUGAUUCAGACACUCUUGUUCAUGGAAAGUUCAGUGACUCUUGAGUCAGUCAGUGCGUUUACAUGCACUGGCUCAUACGGGCAGUUUAACUCGAUUGCCGUGCUUGUCCCAGUUUAUAAGCACCAGGCAAGAACGGGCUUAUUGACAAAAGUACGUCUGUCUCUAUCAUGAUGGCGACUUACCCGCUUUCAGCUUGUUCUUAUCGGGCCAACCUUUUAGUUGACCUUUUACAUCCCAUACCAAAACGAUCGACAAACAGAAGAGGCCAGACAGAGGCUAACAGGCUGUAUGUCAACUAAUUAAGACGCCGACAGAUUGUUAUUCUCCAACACAUUUAUGCUGUUCAACUUCCAGGUCACAUAGGCGACCAGCUUAGACCAGUUUCAGUUCAAUGGAGGUGAUAUAAUCAUGGAAGAUAUAAUCAAUCCUCAGCUGCGUUUUCUGAGUUUGAGAAAUUUGAUUCGGCAGAUUUUUUUCUAAACCACAUGUAAACAUACUGACUGUUUUCCUUUCGCCACGUCUCUGCCUUCUCUCAUCAUGUGGUGCACUGAGCACCUGAAGGACUCCUAGAGACUUUGACCACUGUGGCUGCUUCACUUCUUGUCUUCGAUCUAAACGAAUGCCCCACAUUGUUUUCUUUGUAGUGCCAUUAUUUGCUUUAUAUGCAUGAUUUUGACUAGGGAUGGACAAACUUGGAGUUUUGCUGAUAUAUGAUAUACCAAUGGAGAAUUUGUCCAUGAACGUAAGUGUAACAGACUGUUUUAAAACAACAUUCAACACUACUACUUCUACUGGCAGCACCACUUUUGUAUUAACUUUCCCUCCACACUGUUUCAAAACUCUGCAUUUAAAGCAUAUCAUGGUGUGGUAUAUAGUGAAUCAGCAUGGCAGGGGUUGGUUUCAUCAGGAGACUUUAAAUAAAUCAAAUAUCUAAUUAAACUGAACUUAUAAUAAGAAGAAAACCGGGACAUAAAUCAGCGUGAGAAUAGCUAAACAUGGGGAAAAUGACCUGGGCUGAAUUCGGAUUUUAAAGUUUGACCCAUGCCCCAUCUGUUACCAUGGAGGAGGUGGUCUUUGUACCCAAACGGCUGCCAAUCAAUCAGCCACCAGAAGGUGUUUUGGUUUCAUUUUUCAGAGCAGUCUGUCGUCCCUCUUUUUGUACAGUCUCCGGUCAGUAGUCACUUUACAACCUUCAUCAUGCGCUCUGGGAUCGUUCAGGCUGAAUCGUUUUAAAGUUCUGUGUGAAGGCAUCAUAAAUCGACUGUUUAUAGACCAAGUCUCUGUCCUGUAUUUAUCACCUCUCCAUUUACUCUCACUUUGUUGUUAUUUGCUAUUGUUUGCCUUUUUGGUUCCAAAGAUUUUCUGAAGAAAGCACAUUUUUGGUCCUGAUGUAUUUCUUAUUUUGGUGUUGUUUUUCUGCCUUUACUUUGUUGUAUUUUUUAUAACCGGCGGGUUGAAGCUGUAGAAGUCAGUACAGUGUUUAAACAGCACUCUGGGAAAUGGCACUAAAGCAGCGUUGACUACAAAAACGACUCGUGUUUAAAAGGUUGCAGCAAUUUGGGGAAUUCUGAGCGGCGAACCAAACAACCCUGUUUGAUCGAAUUCAGCGCACGCACUCAUUUAUUUUUUGGAUGCAGAGGUGUUUGCUGCAGACAAGGGAAAUCAGAGCAGAUGGAGUCAUGAGGGACGAGCUGAAAUAAAGAGGGGAGAUGCUGGAUGGCGUUUGUAAGUAGAGCCGAAUUGCAGGCGAAAUGAGCAGAGGGGACACGUCCACACAUUGUCCUCGUGGCCCAGCUGAGGCCACCUUUUGGAACAAUGAAACAAUGUGUGGGCGCUGAGUGGAGGGAAUUUGUGGUAGUGAAGGUGAGAAGCUGAGCCAUUAAUCAUUCGCUGACAGGAUAACAACGUCCCCUGCUGUCUUUUUAGGAAGAGAGGAAGAAUUCAGGGGGUUCAGAGCGAGGAGGGAUCAUGUUGUUUUUGUAUGAUUGUGGAAAAUGUGUGCAGUAGGUCCAAUGAGUAUUUUUGAUGCGCAUUACCUCUUAUUUUUGUCUUUUUAUUCCUUACAAGUAUUAUCAGAAGUGUUGCUAUGCAUGCUAAGAGGAAGGGUGUCGGUCUGAGAAUCUUUUCAUUUGUGCAUGAAAUCAAAUCCUAGUGCUGGAGGAGAAGGGAGGAAGGGCGGUGUUUACAAAGCAGGAGGAUGAAGACCUGGGAUGUUGUGCGAUGUGAUCUGACAGGGGUGAUGAGGACUCGCACUAAAAGUCCGGUACAGAGCGUCAGGGAGGGGAGGGGGGGAGCGAGCAGCCCUUCAGUCGCUUUAUGAAAGUCGAUUCUGUCCGCUUCAAUAAUCUGGGUUAUCUCUGCUCUGUGCCUCUGUGCUCGUUUUAGUAAUCACCGGUCAUAGCAGAAGUGUAAAGUUUAAUUUUGUAUGCCUGGACCCCUGAGGUUUGCUUUUAUAAUGAAAAUAACACUAAAGUAAAAAAGGAAGAAAACUGCCCUCUUAAUGGAUUCAAAGAGGGACCCUUUAUUUGAUAACCUUGGAUCUAUUUUAAAUAUUUGGGGGUCUCAAAUAAGUAUUCAAAAGCUCUCAAAGUACUCAAGUGGAUUUCAUCAUCCAGCAGCCACAAACAGAUUGAAGUGGCUGCAUUGUAACUCUUUGCACCCGCUCCUAAUUUGUCAAAUAAAAGUGUUUAUUUCUGCACAGACAGACUCAGAUUCUCAUUCGAUGUUGCAAAAACAGAAGUAAAAUAAAACCGAAGGAGCGACCCUUUUAUCACGUCAAAAUCCUUUUUGCUUGUUUGCAUCUAAACAUAAGUUAAAUCCCUUGCAACAAAGCCACCAGACUACAUUGACAAAAGUUCAAUUUUGUAGGAGAGUUCAGCUGCCUUCAUGUCUCAGCUGAUUUCUAUUAUAAUUUGUCUUUUUAAUUGUUUAAAAGUUGGUGAGGUUAUGACUAAACCACACAGAUUAUGGCAUGGAAGACCUUUAUCUCCUUUAACUAAAAUUGUAAGUUUUGUAAAUGGGGUCUGGUUUGUUUAAAAGGAUGAUUAUUGGGUAUAUUAUGUUGGAGGAGCAUUACAGAUACUGCUCCAAACCAGACUCCACUGACAAAAUGUCCUAUUUUUGACAGAUAGACACUGAUAUUCUGCUCUCUUUUUCCUCAAGCAUCUUGGUGUUAAUCUCUUAAACAGUUUGAUCAGAUGUUUUUGAAUUAUUUUUGAACAAAUAACGCUACAAACAGAUAAAUGAAGUAGAAUCUAUGUUCUCACUGAAACACAAUCCAACUCUCUAGCAGCACCAAAAAUGUGGGAAUCUUCAGCCAUGAAACAGGCUGCAGUGGCUCUGGUGUUACGUUUGGUAACAAAUACAACCAAGUUAGAGAAUUUUUAAAUCUAUUGAAGAAGAGACCUUGUAAUCUAAAUGAGACUUACCCUUUGAUUUAUGCAUAUUUGAAACUGGAAACAUUUCUCAAAUCAAAAAGCCACUAGACUCCAUCGACAGAGACACAUUUUUUAUCAGUAGAUGUUCUGCUGCCUUAAUUAAUGAGCUGAUUUGUGUUGCUGUUUGUCAUUGGUGAUUAAAACUGUUUGUUCUGAUGUGACAGAAUACAUAAAUUACACAGCGAUGCUAAUAGAUAACAAAUUCAGACAGGGGGAAGGAAAGCAUCAACCAUAUUCUCAGUAAGGAAGAAUUGAAGGUUUUGUCAAUAGGGUUUGGUGGCUGGUGAUAAUUGCUGUUUCUGGUUCCAAAUGAUGAAUAAGGACUUAGUAUUAAACUCUUGAAAUAGUAAUCAGAGCCUGGCAUUGUCCAGAGAGAGAACACUUUUAAUGAACGACUUUGAUGAGAUGCAGUUGCCCUGAAGGAUUACCGAACACCCACAUUAGCCUGUUAUUUGUCAGCUACCUGCUGGAAAAUAAUCCUUUACUGUGGUAUUUUGACUCAAAAUAUGUAGUAAUAGGGCCAAAAGUAAUAGGAUAAAUCUCAAGUUGCCUCUAAGCUAAUAUUAAUAUGAAUAUUAUCAUAUAUGAAGCUUAGUUAGCAACUCAUCCAGGUGACAAAAUCUGGUGUUGUUUGGUGGUUAUCGAGCGGUGAUCGUGACUCCUGCAUUUGUCUCUUCUAGUUUGACUAAAUCAUGACUUAAAGGCUGCAGAUUCAGCUCAGAGUUGCUGCUGGAAACGACACAGAAAUAAAAGUUCUCCUCAGCUGCUGCUGACCCCCACUCCCCAAGCUGUGCUCAAAAGUCAACCCAGUGGGAGUUUUUUCUUCUUUUUUUUUUUUUUUGUACAGGGAUUUUACUAAAUGAGUUGAAAUUGCAUGUGGAUUUUUUUAAUGUCACAUGCUCUUAAAGGCUCAUCAUCCAAGUGUUUUCUUUUCAAUAAGUGAUGUGUUUUUUUCACAAUGUUUUCUUUUGCCAUCCUUGUGUCUGCCUUCUGUUUAUUCUUCAUAAUUAUUGAAUGUAUAUAAUAAACUGUUUGGUUUUUACACAGCCGUGUUUUAAUGCUUACUACCUCUGCCCCAUACUGUUCUUAGCAUAAUGACCAUGCAUACUCAAAUCUUGUUUUUACAUAGUUUCCUCUUUGUGUUGUGUGCUGAUAAAAAAAAGCUGAGUAAAUCCCCUCCAGAGAGCUGCAUCUACGUUUUCAAAAAGAGAGUCAAACUUUGAUUCAUCAGAUUACAGGACAGUUCUCCCCUUCACCUCAGUCCACCUUCAAUGGGAUCUGGUUCAGAGCAGUUGUCAGCGCGUCUGGAUAAUGUUCAUGUAAGUUCUCCUCUUUUCAUGUUACAGUUAAAAACUCCCCUUUCUUUAAUUUGUCUUUCCAGUGGUUGACUGGACUGAUGUUAUCUAAUCAGAGGAGGAGCAGCUUUAAAGACAGAGACAGAUACUUUUAUUUGAUUUAAGGUUAAGAGGUAAACAGUGCAACCUUUUCUCUGCUGCGGAUGUGCAGAAACUUUCCCUCCCCAUCAGCAAAAAUGACUGAUAGAUUCAGCAGUUGCGCAAGAUUAAAAGUGCUUGGCACAGUUGCAUUAACCAAACUCCGUGAUAAUCUUCCGCCACCUCCAACUUUUCUCAUUGCUGCUGUGGGGAACAAUCUGGAACAAUCUUUAAUUGCAUCUGGAGUCAAAUGGCUGUAAAUGGGUUGGAUGUGGCGGGAAACCUCAUAUCCCUGCUAAUUGCUCUAAUGCACAAGAGGCCAAUUGCCAAUUUGAUGGCUCGCUCUCUCUGAGUAAUUGAACUCGAGCUAAUUGGAAGAAUAGAUUGAAGGUUGUCUGAUAAGAGGUGGGUGUAUGUGUGUGACGAUUGUAUCUCCUGGAGUGACGAAUUGACCUUUGAGGGAGGAGAGUCACUGCAGGACAAACAGACCAUCACAAACAGGGUUAUAUGAACAUCUAGGUCAUUUUCAGUGGAGUUAGAUCAUCUUAUCUUUGUAUAAAAUUUACCAAAACACCAUAAACUACUGUUAAAACCUGGUUUUUAACUGGAACUAUCUGAUUCAUCGUCUUUUCAAACGAGCUGUAUCAGGCCAGACUCAGCUGCUAUACCUCAAUACUGCCCCCUGAUGGUUAGACUGUGAUACUGCACCCUCCAGUUGCUAAUGUGAAGUAAAUUAAGUAUCUAGAGGCAGAAAAUACCUUUAAAAACUAAGCUGAAAGAGAAAUGUGAACUACAGUAUUCAAAAAGAGGGGUCUCCCUUUACUUUCGCAAUGAUACCUGUUCUUUUUCCCAUAUAUUAGUUAUCAUUUAUCUUGUGCAUAUCUUUGCAUAAAUUAAACAUUUUUGUUGAGUGAUAUUUUUCCCAAUUAUAUCCUUUUUUUAAAUUUAUGUUUAUUUAUUUACUUAUAUUAUUCGUCCUUUUGCCUUUCAUGAAAGGCUCGUACUCGUAACAGGAUUUUGGUAGGUCCUUCUGCCCGUGUUUACAAAAGACAAUACUCAAAGUAACAUGAUUGUUAUAAUUAAAGAAGAGAAAAAAUGAUCUGUUAGUUUUUUUUAAAUUGUAUUUUUUACUGUGAGGCUUAUGUCACUGAUAAGAUAGUUGCUUUACAAAUUUUGUUCACUAAUUUUUUAUACUGCAUAUUUUAUUGCAUGUGUUUGGACUGGAUAUUUCCGUUAAAGACUGGGUCGUUGUUCAAUACUCGCCCUAGAGAGUCGAUGGUUAAAGUCCUGGUAAAGUUUGGCAUCAGGUAAGCAGUUAAGUAUCAAAAAUUAUGUUUUUUUCACUUCAAUGAUUUCAUUUUUUGUUGUUAAUAGGGCUUUCUGUGUGUGUGUGUUUGUGCUCAUAGCUAGAAGCGUGAUAAGCAAAAAAAAAAAGUUUUCCAUUAAGUGAUGUUACCAUUGAAGUCUGUAAAUUUACCAAUCAAAUAGCAUCCACAUGAGUUAAAUGUUCCUGUUUUUUUCUUAAUACCUGAUCAAUACAGUUUUUUUUUUAUAAUAAUAAAAGAUUUUUCCUUUUUCUUCAUCAACAACAGCAGAAUUUUAAUUUUUCAUGAAAACUUAAAAACAGCGCAGAGUUGAGCUGCUGUUUUUCUCAAAUGACAAAAUAUCUGAGCUUUUAUACACAAACCUUUUAUUCAAAAACACUCGAUACAAAUGUGUAAGAAAACAACAUUAAGUCAAAUCCAGAGCACAUCCCCUCAGUUCUUGUUUUUGUGCAGACACUUGCACAACUUGUGUAAUAUAACUUUUGGAAAAUGAAGAUGUUAAUCAGGGAUGACACAAGUCUCCAAAGUGCUGACAGGUCUUCUUUCCUCCUCCCGUCGUUUCUCAUCUCAUCUAAUGUCCCUCUUUUCCUCUUCCUCCUCACAGACACCUCAGCUCUGCUCAGCAGUUUGGCACCUUCAGAACAUCAGUUUCACGCCUCUUCUUUCACCUCAGGGCUAUUAUAUACCAUCACAGAGAAGCACACAUACACACACACACAGACAGACACACACACCAUUGUAAAAAAAAAAAAAAAGAAACACUUCCUUUUUGCUUUUGUGCUGUGGAUUUCCCGCCUGAAGAAAGACGGACUAUCUAAGGCCAUCCAGCCUCAAUGGUGAUGAGUCAUUCUGGGUCUUUAUUAUUCUCUUUUUCUUUUCCGGGCAGAGGAUUUUACAUCAAGGCAACUGCAAAUGAAAUUUCUUUUUACACCACAGGAAUAUAUUUACAUUUGCACAAUAAAAUUACACCUAAAAAAGCAUAUUUUACAGACUUAGUGCAUGAGCUGGGUCACCCUCAGCUCUGGUUUUGUUUAAAUCAGUUUGUAUGUGCGAAUAUGAACCAAUUUAAGAAGAAAGUCUAAUCCUCGAUAUAAUAGUCAUCAUAAGGCUCCUGGUAGUUGGUGGUCUGAGGGCGGGGGAUGGUGUAAUCUUUUUCUGGGUCGAUGUCCUGAAUCACACAGAAACAUAAAAUCACAUAUUAAUUAUGUUGCUGUAAUUAAUCCCCAUGAUAAACAGUGUUUUCAUUAACCUUACAGCAUGACUUCACUGUAAUGGCCCACAGCAGCGAGAGGUCGGGGUAUUUAAUUGCAAAGUAUGUGGGAUCGGAUUGUUAAUCCUAAUGGCGUAUUACUCACUGUCAUGGAGAAUCCGGACUCGUAGGGCGAUCGCAGCGAUUGCUCAGAUCUGAGGCCUGAGAGGAGACACAUGAUACAGUUAGCUCAUUAGUGGUUCAUUAUAUAUUGUUCAUCAGAGAAAGAAAGAGAGUCAAGCUGACGGAUAGCAAAACUCAUUUGUAAUGUUGGACUGCAGUUCCAUCUUCAUUUUGGCCUCUGAUUUAUACUACAGUGAGCAUGUCCAGCUAUGAAACCAUAAAAUCUACUUGUGGUUUAAUCUUAAUGAUAAUUUAUAAAAUCUGAUUGUAUUGAACAGCAAUUUCAGAGCUGAAAUAUCACAGAGAGGGCGAGUUUCAAAGGCACAUCUAAUCAAGAGAUUUGCAUAAAGUUGGAUGGAUUUUCUCUUUUUCUGUAUUACUUAACUUCUGUUUAGUCAGGUUAGUCCAGCUGAGAAUAAAAAUGUCUUUUUCCAAGACAGAGGUAAACACCCCAAUAUACAGACUCACUUCUGUGCACAUAUGUAAGAAGGAACAAGGUGUGAAAUGUAUAAUCAUAGAAAUUAAUCACAUUUUUAAUCAAGUGUAAAUUUGCACAUUUUUUCCAAAUGCAUGCACAUGCGAACGAGUCGGUGAAUCAAAUUUUUCGUCUUUCCACAAACAAGAAAACACAAUGAUUACCGCUUCUGGGAAAACCUCCCUCUAUGAGCAAUGUGCAAACAAUGACCUAACGUGACCCCACCGGCCAUAAAGCUGUGGACUUAUUUUUUCAAUUUAACUCAAAUUUGUCUGACCCUGAAUGGGAUGACACGUUUCAAAAAAGCAAAUGUUAGUAUUUUAAUUUCAACCUCGUAUUUAUUUGUAAAAAGCUAAAUCAGAAAGACAGUGAAGUUGAAUUAACUGGAGCUAAGGCAGACCUAAGGCCCCGGUCACACGGAAACAAAUUCAGGAGUAAACGCAAAAGUUUUUUGUCCUAUCAGCAUGUCAUCCCCACAGAAAUGACUUUUCAGUUGAUUGUAAAUGAUACUUUUUGAAAACGGGUCCCAGAGUGGAUAAAUCUACAUACCGUUUCAUUAACAUGUGGAUACCUAUCUGCAUCUUUCUUGAAAUGAUUAUGCCAUGCAACUGUGUAACUCCCUAAAGGUGCCUGCAUGAACAAACCAAAACAUCUGUAUUAGCAUGCUUGCUCCAUACUUUUCAUCUGUCCUUUGGUGCAUUUCCGGGUUAGCGUUAAAGCACCACUUACUGGCUUUGCAUUUGCACUACAUUGUUUUUAGUGGUUUUCAGUGGUUUGGUGCUUACACUGAUAUUUCCUGAAGCAAU